GCUGCGCAAAAGGCUGGAUCUAGUCCUGGCUUCAUCAUCAUAUUUAACACACCCACCCACAUUCACACAUGCUACAAGAGGUGCGUUCUCUUAUUCCAGAGGUGGCCUGGCCCCCGCGGGAGGGUUUUCUAUCUCCAGUGAACUAUCUACGUAUCUCUAUCUUUGGCUCGCCUCGGGUUUGGCGAUUGUUCCGGACUCGAUUAGGGAUCAUUCACGCGCCACUGAUCGCCGAGGUGGACGGGAGAACAUUACUUUUCUUGGACUUUCCCCUGUUAAAAAAAAAACCUACGAAGCUGUGCCUCUCGUAUAUGAGGUCCCAGCUGAUCCACGGCUGCUCUUCCCGGCCUAGGAUCGAGUCCAAAACGCGCCCUCGAACCUUUUGGACACGCGCGUUUAACGGAUCGUUUUCCCCCCGCGUGUCACGGCUGCCUUGGGAUCACUUGUCUGCUGUACUCUGUGUGUUUUCUGCUGAGAUUUCUCGUGGAGGAGGAUGUGGCUUGCGUUAAAUCACCGCUGGUCUGAGUCCACGCGACCUGCUCUACCUGCACGCUUGCGGAUGUUUUUGCGCUGUUAAAAUCUGGAAACACGCGCGCGCCUAAAGAAGGAUUCUGAUGUUGAAAAAACAAAGGCUGAACACUGAAUCCUUUACUCAAGACGGCAAGUGAAGAUGGUUCUUACGUGUUUAAUGUAUACUUCAUUAGAUUGGCGUCCAGUCUAGUGAACAUCAUCAGCGAUGUAGUCAGCUUGUUCAUCUGCGUGCUCAUCAUUUGCAGUAAAUACUCACAUCUGCUCAAAAGGGAGACCAUGAAGAUGAUCCUCCUGCGCAAAUUCCGCUUUUUAAUCCUCAUGGUGUUCCUCAUCGCAUGCUCCAUGCACAUUAUGAUAGACUUGUUACCCAAGCUGGAGAGGCACGGCAACAGCGGCUGCUCCUGCUCGCACACACCGAGCGAGGAGCCCCAGAGCUGGGGGAAGCAGCAGCAGCAACAGCAGGGCUGGCCUAACAAGCACACCCUGCGGAUCCUCCAGGACUUCAGCAACGAGCCCAGCUCUAACGUUUCCUCCCACUCCCUGGAGAGAAGCCCGGUCACGGGCGACAAAGCACAACAGCAGGGUUUCAGGAGGAUGGAGCAUCCUGGGCAGCAGCAGCAGCGCGGUGACAGGAAGAAACAGUUCAUCCAGGACGCGGCCAUGGCCAAGAGCGUGCCUGUUAAAGGUUCAAGGUUGUCUGCUCUUUAUGAUCACCCGCUGUACAAAAGAUCUGUACCAGCUCUUACGGACGAGGACACCUUGUUUAACGUCAACACAGACAUCAGAUUUGACCCAAAAGCUGCAGAAGAUCAAGCAUGGUAAUGUGUUAGACUUAGAAAGUCAUUAAAAGCACUUUAAAAUCUAAAGAAAACUGAAAAAGGCUAAAUGUUGAACUCUGUUGAAACACUGACAUGAACACCCUUAAAUUCUCUGUCUGCUUUCUUUUACUUCUCCUCCCCAGGAACGCUGAAGGCACCAUGGAUGAGUUCAGCCCCACAGGCGAGCUGUCAGCAGACUCCUACCCCAACUGGCUCCGCUUCCACAUUGGGAUUAAUCGAUAUGAGCUGUACUCAAGACACAACCCGGUCAUUGAUGCUCUCCUCAAGGACCUUGUCACCCAAAGGAUCACCAGUGUGGGUGAGUCAUGCAAAGACAAAAAGGAGGGGAGGUGACGCCAUGGCAACAACAGCCAUGAAGAGGGCUUUGGUGUACAGGUGGAUUGGUCCAAUAACACGUUACACUGAAGACAUAAAACUGAAUAGAUAGAGAGCGGAUAUUCAUAACAACAACAUUUCUACUUUUUCCCCACAUGGCCUAAUUAAUAGUAUCUAUACCAAAUUAUUGGUUAUAUAAAAACAAGCAGCUUGAGAGGUUAAUGACAAGAGAAAGGAGACUUUAUCAGGUCCACUGUAAAUGCUAGUUGUGUUCAUGGAUUGAACUUGGGCCGCUUUUGCUAUCAAGUUCUUCAGUUCAUAGACAGUUCAAGAGACUGAGUGUACAACAGAGAGUUCAUAGUUCAUUUCAGAAAAUCUCUUGUGUAAAUGGUAAAGCCAGCAUUUGAGAUAUUCAUACACUCUCUCAUGAUUCUUAGUCUCAAAGACCCGUUUGUUUAGAGCCAUUCAUAUUUUAUUUCAGCUGUGAUUUAAUAUUGUCGCUGUUUUCUGAGGAAGAGAGUCAAAAAGCAGCUUUAUACAACUCUUAGACAACACUCACAGCAGGAGGCACAAGACACAACAGUCUACACGGUCUCAGCCAAAACCAAAGAAAACACAAACCGACCUCCAGCUGCACAAAACAACAUCCUGUGAAGACUCACAACACUGACACAAACAAAAAGUAACACUUGUAUGUUUAAAACUCCAAACAUAGUCCCGCUCAGGGGAAGAUGGAGAACAAGGCAGACAUUAUGGACCAUUGCUGUGAUCUUAUCAUAAUGUUACAACCAAAAGUCAGGUUUAUAGUUGAGUUGGUUAACAAAUACAUGGAAUUUAUUCAAGGUGUUUCUGGCUGCCUAAAAAUUAGAAAUAUAAUGAGAAUUACAAAAGCUAUUGUUGAGAAACAAUAUAAAUAUAAUGUAAUUCACUAUCUAAAUAUAAAAAAAAAUACACAGAGAAUAUCUUGGCACUGUGCAGGUUUUAUUGGCUUCUGCCUGUGUUGCUUGACAGAAAUUUGGCACUUCAGAUCCUCCCUAACAUGGUUCGUGUUAAAACUGGAGUCAUCUGUUUUAUUCGUUUCCAUGGAUACAGUAUUAGAGUAAUCUAUUUUUAUCAUCUCAAAUUCUUGAGCCCACAGCUCACAAAAUGUCAAUGCCAGAGACCGAGGUCAACGAACUUACCCAAUAAGAGUCAAAAGAGACACCUUAAAAAUAUUUUCUACCUACAAACAGUUUCAAUAAUUAAAUCCAAGUCAAUUAAAUGAAAAGGCCGAACAAAAAAUAAAUAAAAGAAGUGUGAGUAAACUCUAAAAUUAAAAACCUCUGCUCUAAAGUGUCAGUCAGUAAUUUUUCCUGCUCAGAGAAAUCAAAGAGAAAAGAGGACAAAGAAGAAAAGACAUACAGCCAUAACACCAACAACCCCCCUGUCCCUUGAGGUGGUUAGAUAUUGCUCACAGCUGCAGGAAAGAAUCAAGGGGUCAGUCCAAAAAUGAGCAUUAGAUUAAUAUUGAUCAUGGCAGCCAAACAACUAUAAUAUAAAAAAGUCAUCUCCACGUUUUAACUGGAACAUUGGUUGGACUAUUUAAAGAGUAGAUGUGAAAGUUAGUUUGUGUGUGUGAAUUUCUAACUGUCUGAAAGGUUAAGUUUCUUGAUGUAGCUGAUUUUGCUAAAAGUGAGCUCGUGUCGCAGUGUUUCCUGUGCUGCUGUGAUUUAAUCUGCUGAAACUGAUGCGUUUCAUUAAUCUGUCAGAAACACCUCAGGUCAUGUGGCAACAAAAAAAAAGCAGAAAACAGGUGAAAGAUUUUUAUUUGCAUGAUUUAUUUCAAACUUUACUUCUUUUACAUCUUUUUUUUAAUAUAACGAUAAUGGAUAAAUAUGUAAUUUCAAUUUCCCCCCCCAGAAGACUUAUUGAAAUCCUCCAUAAGUAUCAGGAUACCCCAGGGGGUCCCACUCUUACUUUGUAAACCACUACUUUAAGCGAAGGUCAAACUGAUAGCUUUUUAAAAAUCCUAACAGAUGUUGUAAAUGUGAGAGCUCUUGCGCGUAAAGACAAAUAAAGUCAGAUUUAACAUUAUUGCUCCUCUGGUAUAUGAAGGAUAUGGUAAAUACUACCCUCAACACACCAACAUUCACCAAAAAACAGAGUCCUGAUUCUUACAACUGGAAAUCUUUUAAAAUCUCUUGUGAGUUAAGAGCAAACAAACAUGGCAGACGACAGGAUGCUUUUCAAGCUGCUUAGCGAUCUGGCACAUCUAUUCCUGAAGCAGUCUCUGUUUACUGCUCCUUUCCCUGUCAGUUUAAUUGUGAUGUGUUUUGUGGGACACACUAUGUUGUCUCCACAAAUCAACAAGUUGGAGUUAAUCUUUCUUAAUGCUGCACAUCUAGUGUUUUCUGGCUGCGUCACAUGGCUGUGUUUGUUGUGCUUGCCUUCCAAUUCGCUAUUUUUCCGUCUUACAUGACAAUCCACAUUGUCGUGCACGCUUGGCUGUCCACAGGCUCCCCUCACAGUUAACACUGAACACUGGGAUUUUAACUGAACAUAUUGGUAUGUGCAAUUUUAAAAUUGGUGUGAUCUCAAACCUGUUUCCAGCUAAUCAGUCACUCAUGACAUACCUCCAUCCUGGUGAAAAUCUGGUAAAAUAAACAUCAGAACCAUCAGACAGUCAACUCUUUACUGAUUUUUGUCUGCAGGAAAGAUCCAGGCCGGAAAUCAGUCUAACUUUCUUGGAGUACCUCACCUGGUUUUGUUAAAAUCAUAAAAGAUUGGACAGGAAGGAAGACUGAACCCAAGUGCAUUUGUGAUGACAAUCAUUUUCUGGUGUAGCCUGUAGGGGGUGGGAGAAAAAAUCGUUACAGCAUAGCAUCGCAACAUUUUGUCUGGUGAUGUAUCAUAUCGUCUCAUUGACUGUCUAUCGAUUUUUUCAAGUUAAUUGUGAAUAUGAAGUCAAAUCUAUGAUGAUGGAAAAAUAAAAUCAAUUGUUUGUCCAGUGAGGUUAGCAGAGGUGACAUCAUAGAGCAGGAAAAAGUUAGUACAAAAAACACAUAAAAGGUUUGUGCUACAUGAAGAUAAAAUACAGUGUAAAUAAGACAAACAUAGAGCAAAGACAAAUGCUAAAUCAGCUAAACAGUUUUAAAAAAUUAUAUGAAUUGCAAUAUAUUGUAUCGCAAUACUCACUGUAUUGCAAAAUGGAAAAAAUCGCAUCGUGAUCGUGAAGUCACUGGUGAUUCCCACCCCUCGUAACUUGUUCAUUUAAGUGUUCAGUUUGAUUGUGUGGGAUUCUUCAGUGGCAGGCACCAAAAUCUUACAAGGUCACCCACGUUGUCAUAAAAAGGCCAAAAUGUGUAAAACUAGAGAAGUCAGAGUGUGUGAGAGACAGUCCAAACUUGAAACAGCGAUUGCCAGUGUUAACAGAACUCCAUGGGGGAAAAGUAUGGCUUUAAUGUAACUGGAUCUACCGGUUAACAGUAACAGGAGGUGCUGCACAAUGAUGGACGGCCAGGUUCCACCAUGCCACAGGCACGUAUGACAUGAAAACACACACAAGUAUGCGUUGAGUUGGAAGUCGGCUGCAGGCCAUCAUGGGACAUGGCUGAUUCUAGAGGCCCCUGUAAUAAAACACCACAAUCUUCUCUCACGUAUCCUCACUGGAAGAAUACAUCAAGCCGUGGGAGAACACCUGGUCUCUAUGCAAAUCACACAGCUUCACAUCUGAGUUUGAUUCCUAUCAAAGGCUGAUUUUUUUUUCUUUAACUGACAAGUGCUCAGAAAAACCCAAGCCUUCUAUAGAAAGCUUGUAGAGCGCUCCCUGCAAGUGGAAGAAGAUACCUGACAGAGGUGUUAAUCCGUGCUAGGCCAGUUAUAUGGAAUCUAUUUCUCCUUUCUGUUUCUCUUUUUUUCCCCAGGAAGAUUGUCUUUCAUUCUGGCUCAGUUCGAGUCCCACAUUCCAAGAGUUCUUGUCUACUCAAGGUCGCCCAUCUUGCGCUCACUCAUCGAAGUGAUUGCAGAUUUCAGGUUCAUGUGCCAACAACAGCAAAGUAACAAGCCUAUAGCGAAGAUUAAAUACUUAUCUUGGAGAGGAUUAACUGCUUAUAAAAGUAGCAUCGCUGUCUGGCCACCAAAAGAUUUUUUUUUUUUUGCUUUCUCUUUAUUCUACCCCAGAUGUUGUCGAGUUUUCUCCCUUUUGCUUUCUGUGUCUCAGGCUGGCUGGAUAGAGGAAGCAGUUCUCAGCGUCUCUAGCCAGCUAAAUACAUGGUGGCUCAGUAAUUACAGAGCCUUUACACAAGCCCGGGGCAGAAUACCAAUAGAAGCCAAUAGCAGUGGGUUAUUAUCUUAACUUAAGCACAGGAAAGCUUGAAUGCAUAAUACACUACUGCUUUUGAGAACUGUUCAUUGAUAAAGUUGCUGCGUGCAAAAGCAGCAGAUAUGGUGAAGGUUUUUACGGAUUAUAAUGAAAGGCUUUUACUUUGGAGGGGUGAGUGCACAGCCCUAAAACAGAGUUGGAUAUUUCUGCAGCAUGGAGUCACAACAAAAACUCCUUUUCUCAGACAAAACAACAUCUUCAUGCUCCUUGUAUGCAGUGUGCUCUAAAUGCAGCAGUUACCAGAUAUUACAGUUAAAUUUUGCGUUUAUUUUAAGCCUCUCUUUCUUGAAAAAUGUCACACAGCAGCAGUUACAAACAGACAGGUAUUGAUUUUUUUUCAUGUGAAUUUUUUUUCUCAGUAAACGUUUCCCUUGUCCUUGUGAUUCCCAUUCGUAAAAAUAAAUGAGAACAUUGAUUGAGAGGGUUGUUCUUUGGCAGAAGGCCAUCAAAACACUGCUCCCAAUCGAUUCGCUGGCGGACAACCGGCUCAAUGGCUGCCUUGUUCUUUUAUUUUGGCGAAUUUUGGCGGAUUUAAGCCCAGAAGAGUCCUCGCCCCAGUGCCGAGCCCAGUCCCAGGAGUGCCUUUAGACUGCAUUAUCGUGUUCAAAAACAUGAAGGAUAGGAGGAUGAAUAGAAACACAAAGAGAUGAAGUGAGAGAGCGAUAGAGAGAGAGAGGGAGAGAAGGGCUGGACCCUCCAGAGAAUACACAGAGAGAAUAAACAGCGCAGGAACAGAGAGCGCUGGGCGAGCAUUGGCUGUCCUUCACCCCCUCACUCUCUCUUCCCAUCAAACAAACACUGUGACAUCAGCACUCAAUACACAAGCUCACACAAAGACUCACAUGGGCAGAUUGAAGCACACAAACACGCAGGAUCACAUACACAACAGCGUUCUUAAAUUAAUCGGCAGGGGAUGUUGCGGGUGUGUGAUUGCCUUGUUCUCAAAUUCUUAAUCUGAAUUGGGUAAGGCACACAUGCGAUAUAUUACGGUCAAUAUCAACAAAUUGUUGCCUUUUUAAUCAUAUUUUAUAUUUUGUAUGACACUGCAGUGAGUCGCUUUAAGUUUCUGAGCAUCAACAUAUGUGGUCUGAAUCCUCGUCAUGGUGUUCAGCUCAGUGAUUUAGGUGUACUGCACAGUACUUUUGGAUAUGGGAGGGUUUGGUUGUUUCAAAGCACAACAGUCUGCAUGCAUGAUGGUACAGCUCAUUUCAUUAGUGUAACAGUCCAAUAUUUAUAGCCCGGUUGGCUUCAGUUAAUGAUUUGCUAAUAGCUUUGUUUCUCUGUUUCCCUCUUACAGCAAUGAAGUCUGGAGGAACUCAGCUCAAACUCAUCAUGACCUUCCACAACUACGGCCAAGCUCUCUUCAAGCCCAUGAAGUAAGUUUUCCUGUUUUUCAGCAAAAAUAUACUUUUUGUGCUGUAUGAGCUUUAAAAAUAGUCCCCACCAGCUCUAUUGUUCCUUUGGUUUAACUGCCCUCUCAUCUCUGCGCCACUACCUGGCGGGAGUCCACUGUCUUAAAGAAAAAACAACCUCUGGUGUAUUGAGUUUAAGCUUGAGUGCCAUUUCAGCAUAAAACACCAACUAUGCAGCUUUCUACCUCGACUGACUUCCUCCUCUCAUUCUAACACCUAUUCAUUCUCCUCACAACAUCAAUCUCAUUUCCCCAUUCUCCUCUCUGGCGAUAUCAAAUUGCUUUCAUUUCAGCACAACCUUGAUAUUUGAUUGAAGGCCAACAUCAUUCUGCUGUGUCAGAGGCAGGCGUUGAGUAGGCAUUUCACCUCUCAGGGGCUGUCAGAUGACACUGCACGUCUUUUAUAGAGGCCGUGUUGGACGUCCUCAGCCCUCAGGCAACACUGGCUGUGCCGUUUUAUGACUCAGUCAUCUGAUCAAUUUCUGGUGUUUUCAUAAUGUCAUGCUGGCGAGUGUGCUAAAUGUCAGUGUUUAGUGAUUUGUGUGCUACAGCUUUUAGGUGCUCAUAACCCAGUGGAGUCCUUAACAAAUUUGCGACCAGUGACCUUUACAGACUUUUUACUUUUACUUUUAUUGUUAUGGAUGGUGACAAAUCUGUGUGAUUUGAUGCAGCUUGUCUGUCUCUGCAGUUAGAUAAGGAACUUUUAAGAGUUAGUUAAAGAACUUUUCAGCCAUGGGAUUGCUUCUGACUGCAGCGAGUUUACUCUCAGGACAUGAGUUAGUACUCAUGUCAAUGCACAAAAAACAGUUGAAAAACAAUUAAACAAGAGGCUAUGUAUGCCAGUGAAACAUGGACAACUUUAGAGCUCUGUACUAGGGCUGGGCGAUAAACAGAAAAUUUACUGAUACCACAAUUUAUGACAUUAACCAACGUCAUUUUGCCCAUAUUGGUAUAUUUGGUGUUAAAAAAAAAAAUAAUAAUGAAUAAAAGUUGUGUUUGGAUGUGUGUUAGGCUAUGGUCUCAUGUUCCUUUAAGACGCUGUCCUAUGCCAGAGACUUGAAAGACAGGUGAGGAGAUGGAGGACGGUUCAAAAGUUGUAGCGACUGGAGUGGCGGCUGAAGUAGAUACUAGAGUUGAUGUGGGAGGGGGUGAGCAGCUUGUGGAGUAGUUAUCGUCCAUUUAUCGUUAUCGAGGUGAACUGCUCAAUAUAUCGUGAUACUGAUUUGAGGCGGCGUCAUCUUCAUCUGUUAAGAUUUUGCUUACUUCUGGCUUCCUACGACUCAUUUCUGUUGUUCCACUUCUAGAUCUAAGCCAGGCAUGUGAACUCCUAAGUGUGCCCAGGCCAUUUCAGGUCUGAUUGAGGUGUGUACAUGCAACAGAAAAUCAAUCCCCACCUGUACUAGGUUAGUAUCUUAGUCUUGCUGCAAGAAACGUGCGAUUCCAGUCGGUCUAAAAUCAUCACAUACAUUUUAAACGCAAGUCUUAGUUGAACAUUUUUUUUUUAAAUCACGUAAAUGUUCUAAAUAACAAUUCCAGAUGUAGUUACUGGGAACGUUGUGAUCCACCCACCAAGCCUCUGCUGUUUUCUGUCGUCUUCUGGAUCCCGUUCCAGCUGUGGUACGAGGAACACCCAAGCGGUGAACUCCAGCAUAUCAUUAAUGUCUCAUAUAAAAAGGUGAAGAGGAGCAAAAGCUCCACACUCCCUGUAAUACUGCUUGGCUUAACUUGAAGAGGAUUUAAGUCUACCCCAAACUGCCACACUGGUAGAGACUGUGUAAUAUUUGAUUAAUUCACAUUUCCUUUAUCCACACUGUCAUAUUUCGAUGAUAACACACCCCAUGAGAAGUGCUCUUUGCUCCUAAUCCCUCCUCGAUUGGUGGAUUUAAAUGUCACCCGUCCUUUGUUAUGGUGAUUGUAAUUUAAUUGUGGGUUAAUGGUUUUCUACACUGGCUGUUGUCUGGCCCCUGCAUGUCAGUGUGGAGAGCAGGGUUAAGCCUGGGGAUGAUAGGUAGCGUGGUUUUCCGUGGGAGGAAAAGCUAUUCAGAGCCUGUUGUAAUUACUGCUCCAAUCGCACCACACUAAGUCAGGCCAGACGCAACAAGCCUGAAAUCAUCCUGACAGGCUGGAGAGGAGAAGGGGAGAGAUGGGAAUGAGGAGAGAAGAGGUGGAGGAGAAGAAAGAGGGAUGGAAGACGAGUGCAAGAGAGGAAGGAGGAGAGGUGAGGGGGCAAGGAGUGAAGGAGAAAGGAGGGUAGGAGAGAGGAGCCGACGAUGAGAGCGUUGUCGAUACACGCACAGAGUCAAAAUCCACAGAUUAUCUCGGUGCACUGCCUCGAAUUUGAACCCAGACGGAAAUAUGAAAUGACAUUUUCUGAGAAAAGCACGGGGGUGAAGGGGUUGGAUGUAAAUCUGUUGCUUGACAGUUGUGGUUGUCAGAUCCGCCGUGAUGUUUAAUAAUCCUGAAGAGUGAAGGGGGGGCUUUUUCAUUCCCCUCCUGCUUGAAUGCACUUGACUUUAACAAAAUAGGGCAACCCAUGCUGGCAUGUGUGUGUUGUGCUCAUUUGGACUGCAAUCAAGGUCUUGACAGAUUUGCACAGUCAUUCCCACUACGUACAUGAUUUUCCCUCGCAGAGAUCACACAUACACACUCGCUGAACAUCCACUCGCACACACAUCUACUUAACACCCAACAUCAUUGACUCGUUCUCAAAUCUGCUGGUGUGUUUCCACAUGGUGCAUCAAAGAGACAGGGGCUGUGAGAUCAAAGACUUCUCCGGCUGUGCUCCUCUGCUCGGCUCCUCUCGACUGAUGCAAAUGUGUGCCAGGCAAUCAGGCAGUGAAGGCAGGCAGGACGUCAAGAAUGCAUGUGAAGUCCGGGUAACGAUCGACCCUCUAACCAUCCAUAUCUGUGGAGUCCUGCACUCUAUCUUUAACUGGGCUUUUUCUCGUUCUUAGUAUUCCUCGUCACUCCCUCCCUGUUUCUGCAGCUCCUCCUUCAGUUUGUUUUUCUCUCUUGUGCAUUCUUUAAUGAACGGCGCAGAUGAAGAAAUCCAUUAACAAGGCUGCUUUAUCGAUCCUUGGUUAUUCUUUCUUCUUGUUUCCUUUUUUCUCACUUAGAGAGAAAGAUCAAGCUGCUGUGGUCAGUGCCACUGCUUUGUUGUGGCAGGGUUCCUCUUUCUGUGUUAAAUAUAGCUGCGUUUCCAUUACCCAUAGAUUUGCGCAAAACCUAAAUAUCGCAAUAGAAAACUGGUAAUGGAAACACCUGCAUUUCGAAAAACCUCUCAAAUAUCGCUAAAAAGUUUUUACGCUCUCAUGAGGUGGUUUUUCAGAUGUGUCGAUAUAGAAGUAUAUCGCAAAAGUGUAAUGGAAACACUAUUCUCGCAAUUCUCUGUCACCGGACGUGACGUAGCGGGUCAAGUGACCAGUUCAUUACAAGCGAAGAUGGCGCGGUAUGUGUGGACGGGGGAGGAGACAGAGUUAUUUCUGAGGUUUUGAAUUGUAUUUGUAUUUUUCUGAAGUUUUGAACCCACAAUUCGUCUGUGAAUUCCUCAUUAAUGAUCCUCUCCCAGAAAUCCCUCAUCCGUGUCCGCUCCCAUACAUACGAGCUUUGCCUUUGAAUUAUCACCCGCUGCCUUCGUCUUCUGAUGACAGCAGCAGCAACAGCAGUAAUGGUCACAGAAAUAGCUGCUCCAAAACGUCCAUGUUGGUGUGCAAAUAGGCUUAAGGAAUACGAGGUUGCACGGGCAGGAAGUUUACCUCAUUGCUAGGCAACGGCCAUUCAAACACGGCUCGCUUAUGAACUGAACACCAUUCAAUGGAAACACCCGCAAAUCGCAAUUGCACUUUGUCGAAAUUUGAUAAACAUCGCUUUUAUUUUGUGAAAAAAUGUAAUGGAAACGUGGCUUAUAACACACUCUGGUUGGGCUGCAGACAGGGAUUUUCUUUAAUCAUUGGAUUUAUAUGUCCCAAUUUUAAAAUGUGGUAACACUUACAAGAUCAAAGUCUACAGAGACAUCUGCCAACAAAGUUUGAAGAAAGGCGUAAUCCUCACACUUAUGAAAUAUAUGAUUACCUUUUAACAAAUUUGUAGUCUGCAAUACCUGUCCUCUAUGGUGUAACACAUAAGACAGCCCUCUUAACUGCUGUCUGCGGUCCAGUUUUCCAGACAUGAAAUAAACCUGCCACUGACUGGUCUGACACAGGUAUUGUUUUGCAAUGGCUGCUAAGACCACAGGCUUUAAGGUGUAACACCAAAAAUCCCAUCUGAUGCCCAGCCCUGUGUUUCACAAGUAAGCCAUUGACAGCAAUAUAGUUGUGCUCUCUGCCACAGUAGCUGCACUGUAACCUGUACAAAGCUGAGUUCGAUGACUAAGCUCAAUUGCAUCUUGUCUUUAUCAUCCUCUUCAUCCUGUAACACCCGUGGUUAUGACAGAAAUAACCCUGGAUUGAGGCUCUUUCAUAAUAUCUGCCUUUGUUCCUAUGAACAAACACUUUAUGUGGUCAAGUUGGGACAAUCAUCUUAACACACGUUAGCACAAACAAAAGGAUUAUUGAUUCUUGAUUAACCAAUAUGAUUAACCAACAUGUUUACAGUAAGGGAUAUCAUUUCGGUACAUUUUGAUACUUUCGCAACCAUUAACUCAACUUUGUACACCUCUUUAUCCAUGACUAUUAUAUCUGGCAAUAACUUGCUGUAUAAUUAAAGCUGAUGUGUACAUACAGGACCGUAUCAUCUGCAAACAAAUUGAAUAUUAACUCAUGUGAGGUAAACCGCUCAUGUGUAUUACGGUAAAUAGAUAUAGGAACUAAAACUUAACGUUGAGGGACACCAAAAUAGCAGUCAGAAAAUGGUAGUAUUUUCAACAACUUCUAAUUUGCUAAAGCGUUUCCAUUUCCUGUCAGGCUGUUUGGACUUCUAAUAACUCUUGCUCUUUGGCUCGUCAUUGGCCGCACUGGAAGUCACACUUAAUGAGGUCUCAUGUCAGCUUUUCUUUACCCAUGUAACAACGGCAAUUUGAACUUUUCUUGCCGGCAGCCAUUGUACAAAUUACAGCAGCAUGAAACAGGAUUAUAAGCCGAUGGCGGUGUUAUUUUGUAGGGCUGUGGGGGAAAAAGUUGCCUCCUCUAUGAAAAGGUACAGUCCCUGUGGGAGACCUGCUGCAGCGACAAUACAUUUUGUACCUUUAGAGGCUUAGCUUCAAGUUCAAGUGAAAUAAUGCAUAGAGUGUGUCUUUUCCUGUCAGAAAUGUCCAUGUACUUUAAGAAGAAUAAUAAGGUAUGCAUGUACCUUUAUGCUCUCUGGGGAUUUUAGUAACAUGCACCCUCAUAAACAGAAAUAAAUCUUUGCUGUAUGGUGUGUUUGAGUCCCUGCUGUGGUGUCGUACUUCACCAUGGUGUCUGAAUUCUGUGUGAUACUGAUUGUUUUAGUCUGUUUCUCCUUCUUCCUGUUUUCUUAUUGUGUCUUUGUGCUGAUGUGAACCCUGAUACAUGAUUUUAAUAUUUACACUCUCAUGCCACGCAAAGCUCAUUAGACCAUAAGCAAAGAUGAUCGAAGAAAAGAGGUGGGGGAGUGCUUGAUGAUUGAUAUAAUGACGGUCUUCCGUUCCAGCUCGCUCUCACUUAAUUGUAUCGCUUGUCAAUCAGCUGACUGUUGGCUCAGUCACACACAAAUCAAUCCCUAUAUUCCUAGAAGAGAUAUCUGCUCUUUCCGCUGUUCCUCCCCGCCGAGCGAUCUAUAUCAGUACUGAGCCGGGUCCAUGAGUAAUUUUUGAUUGACACGUCGGGAGACAAGAGACAGGAGACACAUAAUGUCACCUCGUUUGUGUCGAUAACAUAUUGACAGAAGCACAAAUAAUAGCCUGGAGGAAACAUCUGUGUUAAAUACGAAAUACUGGUGGGAAGUUGGCUGCGUAGAAGAGUUGAUGUUGUGUCACCGAGCGAUAUCAGUCGUGGGAGGUGAAAGAAUAAGAUUGAGUGAGCUUUGUGUGAACAUGGGGCAGACGUGUCUCAACAAAACCCCCUUUAUUAUUCCUGCUUAAAGCUGCUCAGAUUUGUCCUCAAACACGGCACAGACUGAACACUGGGGGACAGACAAAAACAGGACAAUUGAGGGAUUGUUCUGAUAUGUUGCUGAACAAAAGGAUGUCAAACAACCUGACAUCUCGGUGGAGUAAACCCACUCAUGUUUCUUUAUAGUUUGGUUGUUUGUUUGACAACGAGUGUGCAUGAGCGCUUGUUUACCAUGUGAUGUCGUAUUCACAAGGUCCUCUGUGCCUCUGCUUUGACUUUGAGUCAGGAAAUAAAGGGAUGAACCGCCUCAGGACAAGUCAUUCAGAGCACGGAUGAUGAGUGCGGCUCAAGUUGGAAGUAGAGGAAAUUCACAGCAGCACAGUGGCAAAGCAGGGAAAGCUGGAAGUUAACCCUUUAAGUGCUGGAUGCUGGGGCACCUGCAUUCAUCCAUGUUUUUCAUGGUCUGAACCCAGUUUAUGUUUAGGCUUUAGAGAAGAGACUGCCUUUUAAACUGUUAGUGUGAUGGCUUUUUUCCCCCCUUUUUAAUACCUUACACAUUUGAUACUCUAUUUCCUAUUAUGAUAAAAGCAAAAAAUGCUUUAAUUUAUGACCAUGUAGAUAAAGGAAUGAAUGAAACUAGUUAAAAGACUCAAAGCAGUUAUAAAUGUUUGAUGAAAAAGCUCAGAAGCUGCCCAGACAUCAUCGCUCUCUGUUAUCUGCAGAGCAGAUGUGGAGACACUACCUGCAAUAUGUGCACGAAGAGUAAAGAGAGAAAUAUCCAGAAGUUUAUUGAUAGCAGGCAGCAAUUUUAUCCAGACUUCACUGUCUUUUUCUCUGUUUAAAUGCUCAGAAUCAUGUAUUUUUGCAUUGAUCAAAUUGACAUAUAAUGAGAAUAAUAAUAAUCAUUAUACAUUUUAUUUCUAACACACUAAACAUGAAAAAAAAAUCUCCAAGUGCUACACAAGCAAACAUAGCAUACAUAACAAACUCCAUGGUGUUUCUUUCCUUUGCUACACAAAAAAACUGUUUAUGUGUUUCCUAAUAUGUUUUCAUACUAAAAAAUUAAGAAACAUAAGCAACAUUGUAAUGCAAAAAAAGCUAUCCCUUCAUAACAGUCAAUUUUUUUUCACAUAUAUAUAUAUAUUUUCUGACAAGGGAAAUUACCAAUCAAAGUAAAGUAUGACACCUGGGGUAGCCAAUCAGAUUUCAAGGGGUCCCAUUCCCCCCCAUCUGGACAAACCCCAAAUGAUGUUAAUCAGAGAAUCAAAAACAUCCUCUGCCAUUUACAUGUGUUUCAUCUGUUUGAGUUGUCUCUUUCCUGUGCCAAUUUUCAUCAGUCUCAGGAGGUGCCAUCACAUCCCUUAUUUAAACACAGUGGUAAUUAGAGUAAUGCAGUAGAUACAGCAAUUACACCCUACGCUGCACAUGCUUGUGGCAUACAGUAGUUAGCACAUCGAUGAACUCUACAUUGAAUGUAUUUGCAUUAAUUACAUGCCCAUAAUCCAAGCUGUGGUUUUAUCUGAUAAAAGCAGUUUUAUGCCUAAAUCUUUAACCCCAUAUAGUGAACACAUAGACAUAAUAUGAUAUCUCUUUAUCUCUGUAUUCAUACACAUCUCCUGGCUAACACAUUCAAGUUUCUUGUAUAAGAAAAGAGUCAAUAUGUGUGCAUCUGUGAGUGCAAAUUGCCGUGCACAUUCUCCAGUCCUUAAACGAAACACUUGGGGAUCAUGAAUAAUAGCUGAAUAUUAUAAUUGCCUGCAAACUCAGUGGCCAAACUCAGGAAAUACUUCUGUUCUUUACUUUUGUAUGGUAAAACGGGUUCAGCUGAAUAAUUAAUCGAAAAUUACAGCCACAGUCAGAUAUGCAAUUAAGCAGCACUUCAGGCUCCACACUCUCCUCUCUGCUCAAAGUUUUGACUGUGCUAUAAUUGUUACACCAGGGUGUUAUUGUACACUAUUCAGUUUGUGCUCAGGCAGAAAUUAAGGUGUUUGUGAAAAAAAAAGUUUGACGAAUAGGAAAAAUAUGUUUCCAAGAGCUCGGUUUAAAUGAAACACAGGCAGCAGCCUUAACAUGAACACUGUAGAUGAAAUAGCAGGACAUGUUUUCUCAGUGCAGCAGAGGGAUGAUCAAAUGGAGCCCUCAGGCUUAGUAAUCUGACCCCUUUACUGGGUCCCCUGCAGUGACUAUGACACACUUCGGGCUAUUGGUGCAUCAGGAUCACGCAGAGGAUUGUGCUUUUCUUUAUAUAUGCAAGAAUGUUUGUUUUUAGCAAACACAGAGAAAUGGAAAAAAAAAAUGAUGAAACAAACUAGAGCGUUAGUAUAUGACACCAUGCUUGUGCAUCUGUAUCUUCCUUUGAUGUAGUAGUAUGAAAAAAAAGGGUCUGUAAGCAACAACUCAUCUCUAAAGGAUGCUAAAAUGGGUGCCAUAUGAAAAAGAUAUCAUUUGCGUGACAAGGUCUGGUGAGAUUUCCCUGUUCUGAUUUAUUGUGUUUGUUUAAUAUGUGUUGUAAAAAUGCUCUUGCUUAUUCAGAUUCCUCAAUUCUAGUUCAAAAUGAAGUAUCAGAGCUGAAAUGAACAAUAUUGAAUACAGCUGCACCAGAGGGCAAAUGUGAUAUUCAGAGGCCUGCUUCUGAUGAAUAAGUGUUUUCUUUAUUCACGAAGAUGGCCAGGGCCAAAACAGGAAGAGUUGUGCACAUUUCACAUUUUUUAUUAAACGCACGAUGUGUUCUGUGGAUGAUUUUUGCAUGUUGGUCAAAAGACUGUGUUACAUGAAAAAAGCUUUUUAAGCCCCUAUCACUGCCUCUUAAAGAAGACAAAAUGAACCACUUACCCUGCAUGUGGGGAGCAUGUUAUUUUCAGAACAACACUAUUUCCCCCUGGCUUACUGUGUGAAAGUGAUGUUUGUGUGAAAGUGAAAGUGGAUGAGGACCUAUUUACCGAGCAGAUGCAGCUGUGAAAUGCCCUGUAAUUAAAAAUAAAGGGUUAACUGAUCCACUCUGGUAAAAAACCUCUUAAUAGGAGGCUGAAGUUGUCAUGGUAAUGUACAAAAAAAGCAGUGAAAACCUAUGGCCCAGCAUGCUGCAGAUAAACAAGAAGCUUAUGCAAGUAAUCUAUGGUCUGUGGGGAUGGGAGUGAAAAAGUAGUACAUUGUAAUAAUCUGUUAAUGUACUGUUGGCCCUCCGCCAUCUACAGUAAUCAGCCAUCAUGAUUUAUGGGGACUGUUGAUAUUAUUAAGCCAGAGAUGUUUUCCUCGGUAAUGUAUUCUAACACAGUGUGCCAGUUUUAAUCAGUGUGAGAUGAUUAGCAUAAUCGUUAAGUUUGACACGUCUGUCAGAUGCUGAAACACGCUCCACUUCUUCCUCGUCUUCUACACUUAUUUUCUUGCCCUUUUAGAAAACUCAGCAACAGCCUCAAACAGUUGCACAGUGGCCCGUGAGUGUGUUAGUAUCCUACCUCCACAUUCAAAGAUGACCUGUGACAGAAAUAAGUCAUAUUUCUUUGUCCUCUUGUGCCAGUCUGCAUGUUCAUAAUCACGUGUGCCCCCGCUGCAACAGGACUUUGAUACUGAAUUCCUCACAGGCUUCACUCGGGCCUUCCAGGAGCAGAAAUCGUCUUGACGAUAUUAUCAGUCAGCUGCCCCCCCUUCAGGUAAAUGUUAUCAGCUCUAAUGUUGCGCUGAAGGAACGAUAACACAGUGUUGCAGCGAGCAGAAAUGACAAGCCAGCAUCCAAUCUGCAUAUCAAAGCUUCGGCUAAAUUCCUUCACCAUCUGUGUGUGUGUGUGUGUGAAUGUUUGUCCAUGCACACACACACACACACACAUAUGCAUUUCAAUUGGCGUUCCUCCGCAGUCUCACAGGCAAGUUGUUCCUGGCCCGUCGCAAUCGCAGUUCAUCCCUGAUAAACUCACUCUUUGUUUCUUAGAAAUAACAAAAAGACGCUUAAUUACUUGCCCAAAAAGGUUUGACAAAAACCUGCUCCUGGACUCAGUGUUUUUGUCUGAGUGCGAGCUUUGAUACCAUCUGUCAUCUUGUCCCUUUAGCUUUGAAGGAGCUGUCACUCAAAGGCAGACUUCCCCUCUCUCUCUCUUUCUCUCUCUUCCUCUCUCCCUGGACACAGAGCACCUCAGCAGCUGAUGGGACAAUCACAGCAGACAUUGAUUCAUCUGGCUCUGCCACGCUGCUGUUCUUAUCGAGGAGCAGAUGCUGAGAGCAGAGGCACAGAGGGCGUUUCGUAACUGGAAAUGAGCCUUUUCAGCAUCUGCCUAGCAUCAAUAAAAAGGAUGGUGUCACAUAACCUAUAGGAGAUCAUUUCAAACACAAGUAUUUCUUUUACUACUAACUUAAUCUUUAUGAAAUCAACUUGAAAAAUAUGCAAUAGCAAUUUGAUUGCCUGAGACGUUCGAGGCAGGCACUUUCUGCAGUCAAAUCUAUGUUUUGUUUGACAUUUUUGUGUGUUUGGUUUGUUUAGUCUCAUGCUGCAUGGUUACAAGCAAACCGGCUCUUCUAAACCAAACACUCAUUUACUGGACUGAGGUCUGGAAACCUGUCAUCCAAUGAGAUUUUGGCAGUCGUUUGAGACUAAAUAAAUCUUAUUCCAAUCCUUGACUUCAGCCAAAAGUCAUGAACUAAUUUACUUUUCGUGCUUUAAGAGCAGCUGAAGGAAUGACAUAAUCUCUGGGCACCUUUUAAACCUUUUGUUUUUGGUUAUUAAAAACAUAACACUCUUCUUUACAGAGGCUCUUUCACCUGCUUUGAGCCUAAAUUUGGUUUAAGCUUCAUGGACCAUAAAAGGCUUCAAUAGUUAAAUAAAACUGCACUGAAUGUAUGUGGCAUGAAAAUGCAGAGAGACUCAUUAAUUAUAAAGGAAGGAUGUGCUCCGAUUGUUCUAUCUUCUUUAACUGCCUUUGCUUGAACUUUUAUUUUGAUCAGAGUUUGAUCGCCGAGGGAAACAGGCAUGCUCUGUGGUUCAUAUAAAACACACUGUCUGUUAUCCUGCCACAGGGCGAGACAGCUCCACUUUUACAGAAGUAUUCAGCGUUUUAUGGCGUGCUGGAGCUUCACUCUGGUCUGCAGAGGUUUCCUCCUGUGAUCUUCCUCUUUGCUUUCUGUCCUCACCUUCACUUGCCAUUAAAAGCUUCGCGUCUCUUCCAUGCUGUCCCGCCGGCAGAAACGGAUCCCUUUUUAUAAGCUGUAGUUAGUGUCAGGGAAAACACCUUAGGGGGAUCAUUAGCCUGUAAUGAAGCAGGAGGUAAAAUACCAUGUUCACUCGUUGCUUUCCAGCAUUCCUGAUUGUCAGGUUUAAUUAUGGCUUUUCGAGGUCUUUGGGCAUCCUGGUUUUGUUCUCACCACAUUUAUCUCAUUUCUCCAGCUCACCCUUCACCUCUCCUUUUCAGCAGAUGGACACUUGGCCUAAUUAGGCCUUCUCUGGUCCUCUGAAGGGGUGUUCAGGAGUGUGGCAUUACGAGGGCAUGUUGUGAUACGCAAUUAGCAAACAGCAAAGUGGCGGCUAAGGUUAUGGUGGGUAAGAGGUUACGUGAAGCCCAGCUGUCAGCACUCUGGCUAUGUUAUAGAUGGGGAUUAAACAACAUCUGUUCCAAGCUGCUUCAUAGUGUAUGAGCUUGAUUAAAGUAGUCUUCCUCUUACAAUUCAAUAUCUGCAUAUAAACCCCCCGAAAGCUGUAUGGCUAACGUCUGCAACACUGGGAAAAGAAGGAGGUUGGCUAGUCAAAACAAGUGAUGCAACCGACCUCAGAUGGAGAGAUUAAAAAGCAAUCCAUAACGGCCAAGUCUCAACAUGAAUUGUUCCCUCACUUGAAAGCGGAUGGGAAAAAGGCUGCAUGUAUCGAACUAUAGAAAAGACAGCCUCUGCGCUCACACAGCACUGUUGGUCUCUUAGAAAUGUGCCUGAUUUUAAAGAGAUGACAGCAUGUAAUUUGUUUUACUUGGAAUGUGCUUCUUAAGUGGCAGGAUAAUGUUCUCAGACUGAGUUCUCCCCCCUUUUUUUAUUGGCUCUCUUUAAUUUUAACUGUGUAAAAACUCAGUUUCAUUAAAUUUUAUAGGUGUUUUAUUGGCACGAAAGGUAGAGGUACUCUUUGCUACAACAAAAACAUUAACAAAAAAGAUUAAACACUGACUCAAAACACAGGUUUGUAAUGUAACAGAAAUAGAUUUAAAUAGUAAUUAAAGCAUUAGAUGAAAAAUUAAUUCACCCCUCGAGGACAUAAAUGAAACAUUGUAUUUCAAACUAAUAAAAAUUAGUGACGAUUAUUGCUGAGAUACUUUUAAUGAGGGGCGUUGGUUUAUCUCAGAUAUUAGAGCAAGCACCUCAUACACACAGGCUACAGUCGUCUUCCCAUCUGUCCAAGAUAUGAUCCCCAGUCUCGGCCCUACGAUGAAUGUCAUCCCUAACUGUCUUCCCUCUCUCUCUUCAAGUAGUUGUUAGAAAAAGGCAAAACAUUAAUUCUUCAUAUUUAAAGAAAGUGCUUGAUUUUAAGAAUUUAACUCCUUCUGUUUUAAGGCAGUCAGUUUAAAAAAAUGGUUUGAAUUUGAUGUGCAAAUGUUUGGUAAUGUUCAAACUUUGCAAUCGUAGAGCAAUUUAUGAGUGCAGUUCCUGUAAAAAAAAUGUUGCCUUUGUUUACAACCCAAUUUAAAACAAAAUUAAAAAAGUAAAAUCUUAUCAGUGUUGGCUUUUUUUCAAACUUCUGGGAAAGGGCCUGCCAAAAAAGGCAGUCAUAAGCAUCCUGAACACUUGUCCUUCGGCCGCUUCCACUUUAUGUGGGCGUCAUAGUCUGCUUUGCACGAAGUCAACAUUCAAACCUACCUUUGUUUUUUAAUUGGCAUCGAUGGUGUAGAUCCCAAAUUACUUUUACACUGCACUUCUUAGAUGUUUUGAUGUCACGAUUGUCCACUUAGUGCAGCUUUGCUCGACAAAUCCUCCAUUAUCGUAAAAUAGCAUUACUGUAUUAGUUUACUGAGGUCAAGAGUACAUGGACUGGUAUUCUGUAUUAUUAUGAGUUUAAAUGGCUCAUUACAGUUUGAAUAUGAACUUUUACCCCAGAGUUCGAAUGAAGGUUUGAAUUUCGGAUAAAAAGUGGCAGAGCUUGUCUGUUAAGCUUUUUCCGUUCGCAAGUUUUCAUCUUCUUGAUGCACAGUCAGGUGAUAACUGAGGGGUUUUCAUCACAAAUUUAGCUCCACAGAGAUUAAAACGCCACCAUCACAAAAACAGUCCUGGAGGAUAAUUAUUUUGUCAAUCCCAUUCAGAUAUAUUUGAGCAACAGUGUUUUUUUUUUUGUUUAGACAAACCUUUCCCCUGAGAAUGCCAGUUUAAUCUAAAAGCUGUACAAAAAUGACAGAGGGAUUAUUUGAAUGUUGGGAAUGUUUUGGCCUCAUACCAUCUCCCCAGUCCUACAGAUUAUUAAUGUCAGUGGGGUGUGGAUAAAGAAAGGAUAAAGAAAAGACCAUAUGCUCGGGCUCACCAAAGGAUUAUGAUUUGUUGUUGUUUCUCAAAAAAAAAGGAAAGCGAGGGAGGAAAAGUGACUUCAGCAUUGUUAGGAGCAGUGAGGGGAAAGCAGCUUGGCAAAAUGGUACGGAUUAGUGUGCUGCGAGAGAGAGGGAGAGAAAGCGUGUUUUCUAACUGUGGUUCUGCGUUGUGUGUUCUGUUAACUCAGUGCAGCGUUGGGGUGGGAGGGGGGCAGAGGAGGCGUUUAUGGUGUUUGUCCAGCGCUUAUUCAAAUAUGAGCUUUGGAGCCUCAGUUCUGCUGCAAACACGAGUUACUUCAGAGGGGGCGUGUCUGACUCAUCAUUCAAAGUAAUGAUCCGGUUCAAAUCAAAGCCCAGCAGCUGGAACAGGGCAGUGCUUUCACCUUUAUUUACACAUGUCCUCCCCUAAUUCACCGCUCAUGAACAACUCAAGCAGGCGCACCACUUAAACAUGGAGCAUGCACUUUCCAAAACACUCCCUCUCCUAAAUAUACUGUAAGCCUACAACUCAUAAUUUAUUAGUCAGCCUGAAGAGGGGCUUUCACAUCUGUCACAGUGUGUAAGAAAACAUUAAAAGCAGGGUUUUUAAGCUUUCAACCAAUAUUCAGUCUGCAGUUCAGUAAUGGAAGAGCAGCAGUUAAGUGCAACAGACUUUAAAAAAGAAACGUGCAUAUUAAAUAAGAAAGUUUGCAGGUCUGCUUUUAUUAACUUGCUAUGUUUUCUUCUUUCUUAAGUAGUCUGAACUUUAAUACGGCAAGACCAUAGUAGCAAGUAACUGUUGCUUGCCAGGUUUUUUUUUCCCAGGGCAAGAGAAAUUGGUACAUUACUUGAAGAUUUAGUGCUUGGUUCUCUUGUUGGAAAAUGCAUGACAGCACUAAAGGAACCAAGAGACAGUCUGAGUCUCUGUCCAGUUGGCUGCUGCAUUUUUUCGCCCUCAUUACUAGCACAGCUUUUUUGAGGGGGAAGCAGAAGACACACAGAGCAGCAUGUCACUGAUCUAUUUUAUUGAACAGAAGAGAAAAAUCUGAGGCCUCUGAACUGUUUGUGAAACUCCUUUUUAAAUGAUGUUAGGCCUUCUGGACAUCAGUGUGAAAGGUUUUUUCAAACUAAGUUGACCAUAUUUGGACAACAGAAUUGUUGCUUGCAGCAUUGCUAUGUUUUUGAUUUAGUUGACAAGUAUGUUUGUAAUCAUAAUUGUUCAUAAUUACAUACAUAUUUUAUUGACUAGUCAGUAGUGGAUAAAAUACCUAAAAUUUAUACGAAUGUAAAAUUACUGAUAGUGACUUUGUUAGAAAUGAUAAUCAACCACUGUAAAUAUGUUUACAUAACAUUUCUGAAUUAAGUCCUGAAAGUUCCUGUGAGGGACUUUUGGUUUACAUCAUCCCCAAUACAUACACUGCCCGGUGCGCUAUCCUCAGAGGCACUAAAAACCCCAAAGUCACCUUAAAAAAGGAAGGAGAAACAGUCUUCACAGCUUAUACAAGCUUUUAGUGAAAAUUAAGUUUUUCUGCAGUAUUAUCAGUUAAAUUCAGUAUGUCACAUCAUAGGAAAGUCAGGUCAAUUUUCCUUCCAGUUUAAAAAAAAUCCCAUAUAUUUAUAAGUAACAAAAAGAGUCUUCCCCUGCUGGCCAUUAGAAGGAGUGCAGAUUUAAAACACUCCUGAUGUUCAUGAACUUUCAAAAUCCAGAGGGGCUGCAGCUACUUCUUUCAAACAACUGAUGAUUUAUUGCUCAUUUAUCACAGUUUUUUAGUUCACAAAGGAAAUACACCGAGCUUCGAGCCCUGCUGAGCUUUUGUCUGAAGUUCCUGUUAAUCAUCUUUAGUACCCAGUUUUCUUAUUAACCUCACCACUGUGUCAAAUGUUUGAUCAUGUUGGCCAAGAAGAAACAGCCACACGGGUAGUCGAGUGAAAGUGACAUCAGCCAAAUUAAAGAAAACAUGUAGCCAGGUAAUAAGUGGGAUGAUGUGAAGUGAACAGGUCAUUACAUGAAACACAAUCCCUUCAGGGUGAAGCAAGACCCUUUUACUCUGGGUCGGGGUCUUUUCUCACCCUGUCGACAUUAUAUUUGCUUAAUGACCUGCCUGCUGUACAUUAUCCCACACAUGUUGAAACUUUAAGGGAUGAUUAUUCUGCUUGUUAAACCAGCUUUCCGCUUUUUCCUUCAGUCCUUAUUAAUUUGGUGUCUCUGCUUUUGUUACUUUUUCAUUCACUUUCCCUCUUAUUUUGUAGUCGUCCUCAGGCCAUUUCCUGUUUUUCUCUGUCAGUGUUCACCCCCUGUCUUUCCUUUUCACCAUCACUCCAGUAUUUCUCCUGCGGCCACACCUCCCAGUCUCCGGUCUUGGGGGAGAAUAGAAAAGCGAGAGGAGAGUGAUGCGUCGUCCGCUCAUUUUCCUGCUGGUAUGAUAUGAGUGAUUCAGCUUGGAGUAACAGGCUGACUUUCUGCGCUGUCCCUUUUCCUCGUCUCUUGUGUAUUUUUCUUUACCCAUGCUUACUCUCACAGCGCCUCAGAUCUCUGGAAAAUCUGAAUCUGUCGUUUAUUACUCGCCCUCUUGCAAAACUUGUUUUCCUCUGCUCAUAAAGCCUCCCAGACAGUGCAUAUAAAUGCUUAACAAGGUCCGUUUUGUAUUGUUUUCUCCGGCAGCGUCAAUCCAUGCAGCUUCCUUUGGUGUUUGUGAGGUUAUAAUGGUGGUGCAAUAAUACAAGGUUGGUUUGUCUGAGGUCGGGAAGAGAUGUGUCUUUUCCUUUCAUUUAGGGCUCUUAUGCAACAGAAGAAGUGACUCAUGGUGUUUGUGAGAUCUGAUAAAGUUUGUGGCCCGUGUAUUUUUUACUCAUUCACAUUUCCCUACACCUCUACUUAAUCUUUCUGGGUUUUUUUUUUCCACUAUUUACUCUCCAGUUUGGAGCCCUCUUUCCCUCUGUGCCCUUUCCCUGCUGGUCCCGUGGCUCCAGGGUUUCCCUGCGUGUAUUUAUAGAGUAUUUAUAGGCGCUGAGCCCUGUUUUCUAUCUGCUUAUCAACAGCCACUGUGCACCCCACCCACUAAUUUACCAAACACAGCGCUGGGAUCUGAGGACACCACAGGCCUGAGCUGCAGUCAAUCACGGCUCACCAGACCUUGAUGCUGUCCUUCGUCAUCUGCGUCUUCUUACUAAAAUAUUCCCAAAUCCCUUGAUAUCUUUUCCACCACCCAGUUUUUAUUAGUUCCUUCUAUCCCCGUUUCUCUCUUUGCUAACCCACUUUCUUGGGGAUUUGGGAAACUCUCCCUGCCCCUGCAGUAACUCUCUCCAGAAACAACAGAAAAGCGCCAGCUCCUCUCUGCUCUCCUCAUGUGUGUAUUACUUUAGCUACGUGGUGUGAGCUGUGAUCUGCACGGAUUUGUGUGUCAUAAAUCAAGACGUCCUUGUCACUCACCAGAGUGCGUUGCCAAACUCACAUCAGCAUAUAGAGUUUUACACAACCUUUGUUUUUGCAAUAACACAUGAGUAAGAUGUAGUAGCACACAGAAGCACACAAGUCUAAUCCUGCAGCGGUGGCAUGCUGACGCCUCUCAUCCAGGCGGCAAACAGUGUUGUUAGACUAAUUGUCUCUGCAAUAAAUUUCAGGCCAGACAUGAAAGAAUUUGGGGGUUUACGUUGCUAAUUACUCAUAUAGUUCGCAGCCUAUGUUCGGAGUCAGAGACUGGCAAGUGAUGGAUUGUGGGUAAUUUGAAGCCAGGGUUGAUUAAAGUGAAAAUCAAAGGUUGAGACACUGUGAAAUUGCGCACAAAAGCCACAUGAUUAAGUGUAAAAAAUCCAGGGUGUAGUUUGUAGUGUGCAGUAUGACUCAGAGAGAGAGAAAGAGAGACAACGUGGGAGGCAGAAAGGAUGAAGCGCUGCCUGGCAGAACGGGACACUUCAACUGGAUUUAAUGGGACGUUGCUAACGGAUGUAUGAAUGGUUUAUCUCCUUGUGUCUAAUUCAGCCUCACUCUGUCCUCAUUGUCAGACACUUUGAAUUAAACGAGGCAGUACAGAGAGAAAUCCUCUCAUCCCAUCUUCAUGACAGUUGUAUAUAGGUUAAACAUAGUUACAUACCUGGCAUAAUAUACAUUCUUUAAUCCAGUUAGCGGAUCAUUUUUAUUUAAAAUACACACACACAUUGAGAAAGCAUUUCUCUGUUUUAGAUUAUGGCAUCUGCACUCCAAGAUUAGGCGUCUAUUGUUUGGUACACAGUCUCAACACUGGCCUUUUUACUUCUGUGGGUUUGUAUCAGGCUAGAAUUAACAGUUUCUGACAGCUACUCAUUGGUACUCAAAAAACAGAAAACAAUAACGCCCUCUGGAAAGUAUUAUUCAGUUGAGGAAGAUUUUAGAUAUUAACCUGUCUUGACUUUGGUUUUGAUGUUAAAGAUUGUCUUGCUGUGUCUCACUCUUUACAAAUCACUUCUUUUAUCAUCACUUGCAUCUUUGCGGCUUUUCUUCAUCUCAAGUCAAAAGCCACAGGAAAUGGAGAAAAUCCAUUAGCUGGGCGGUUUGAGACGUCUUAUCCCCCUCACACACUCACACAUAUACACAGAAACACACUAUAUUCUGUCCAAUGGAAGUGCAGUCUUGCCCCGUGGGCCCCCAUGACAAGGGCAGAGGAAAUGGCCGGGCAUUAAUGGCAGCUUUGAUUACUCUCCUGUCACUAAUGUGUCCAACAUGAAAGACAAGAAGAGGAGAGGCAUGACUUCAGCCCCAAUCUGAGGCAAUCUAAUGGUAUCUACAUGGACUGGGGGCCAUUUCGAGUUCAGUGAAAGCAUCCUGAGGGCACACGUACAUUAUUCAAUCACUACAUCUAUACCUCCAGGCUGUACUUUCUCCCUCUCUCCUUUAUAUCCUGAUAAUGACUCCUUUCUUAGAAGGUAACAGGAACUUCUUCUUUAUCUCAGAACUCUGAAGUCAGUAGGUUUGUCGUGGUGCUGUUUGCUAAAGGUUGUUAAAAGGUCAAAGUUGGAAAGAUGUCUGACAUUUAAAGCUACACGUUGUUGUUGACACAUUAGGUGUAACAUCCAGUCAUACAACUACUAUGUAUGACAAGAUAUCAAAGAUCACUGUCAAGAUAUGACCUGUUUUAUAACUGUUAGACCAUCAUGCCCUACAAAAAGAAAUAUAUGAAGCUAUUUUGGGAGAUGUUAAUCUACUUGGACUGUUGAUUAUGUUACUGGUAGUGAGCAGAUGGUAGUUUCAUUGAUUCAAUGACUGGGUCAAAGAUGCUUGAUUAGUUAAAAAUCUGAUUAAUAUCCGGUGGGCUGUGGGUAUUGAGACACCUGCAGUGAUCCCACCACAGCAGAAUCAACAAGUGUGUCUCCUAAUGAAGAGGGGGUGCGGUGUGUAUUAAUGCACAAUGCACAGCGCUGGAGCUUCAUUGUUUAUUUAGAUCCCCAGGCAUGCUGACACAGGAUAAGUCAGAAAGUGAUGUCAAUAUAUGAAAUGUGUUUAUGACACAACUAGAAGGUCUAGCACUUAUCAGCUCAAGAGUAGAACAUAAUACAAAAUGGCAAACAUUUGUUGGGUACUGGGAUUAAGAUAAAAAGAAAUAAAUAAAAAGUGUUCUUUGUCUUUCUCAUAUACAAAUGCAAAUUGAACAUUCAUUAUUUUAUCUUCGACUACUGGGCUAAACAAGACCAGACAUGACAUCAUCCAGGGCACUAGGAUAAUGUUACGGAUGAGAUUUACAAUGUUUUGAUGUGUUACAGACCAAACCUUGACUCCAAACCCAUUAUUACCAAAUACCAUGUCAAGAAUGAAUAAAAACAACAAAAUUAUCACCACUUACACAUUUUUUUCACCUGGUUCUUUCCCUUUGCUGUAAUAUAUCAGCUCAACGCCUACCUUUCGGCUGGCCCCGCUGACAUUCACAUGAUCAUCACAGCCGAUGAGAUUAGCUCUGCCUCCAGAGACGCUCUGGCCCCUUUAAAUGUUUGGAUAACUAAAUUUCCAAUUUGCCAUAUGCAUGUCCCCAGGGGUAUCGGUGUGUCAUAUAAAACCUGAUCAUGUGCUCAAAGUGCAGACAUGCUGUUAUCCGUCCAGCUCACAAUGGGAGUCUGAGCCCAGUGGAGCCAUUUAAGUGUCAGCCUGAGUAAUAUAAGCACAGCAUGGCAGCCUGCACUGUCCUCACAUAGACACAGUGAAGUACGAAGGCUAUUAACUGUAUUUUACAACACAAAGACGAGUUUUAAAGGAUUCCAUUUCCUGGAAAUGACUGAACCAAAAUCUAAAUGUUAUAUGCAAUAGCCUGUUUUGAAUUUGCACUAAAGUUAAUUUUGUGUGAAAAUAUUCCCGAUCUUAUCGGGCCCAAACUCGAGCUGAAAUGGAGAAGAACACGCUGUCCCCCUCUAAUUGAGAUGCUGUGAUUUGCCUUAAUUGCCCAAAUCAUUGAUGUUCAGUCCUGAGCGCUCAGAAGCAAGAGCAAAAUACAAAGCUGUCACUAAAUGUAGCAGCGAGGGAGCACUUUGCAGAGAGGAAGAUGGACUCAGCAGAGAUGUCUCUACCUGCUGUGAAGAGGGUUUUUUCCUUUUGUACUUGAGCCUAAUUUUUAUGCUUGGUGUCAUUUUGUAAUGAGCUUUGAGAGUAGAGAUUUCUGAUGCUAUGUAUCACUUACAGAUACUGCUUCUGAUCCCCAGACUUGCAAAUUUAAUACAUUGAUGUACCAAUUUCAUACCAGUGAAACUACUUUUUCCAGCAUAGCUCUGACUUGCAUGCAAUUAUCUGAAGCAGCACACUGUUUUAAAAUGUCUUAACAGGAGUCAAAUCUCCAGACAUUUACUUCUUUGCUUAUCUAAAAAGUAGUUGCCAGAAUCCGCAACGCUAGACUUAUCUAGGCAGUGAAGAUCUGUAUUAAAGCACAGCUAGCUAUGAAGCUCUCUGUUUCAAGCACUGAGCAAGAUCUGUUUUCUGGUGAGACGUGCAUGUUUUCAGGGCUGAUAUAUUAUAUAAAGAAAUUAUCAUACAGGCUGGUUUGUGUCAUUGAUGACCGAGUGAGAAAUUUAGAGUUGGGAUAGCAGGAACAGUGCUAAUUAUAGGAAUACGGUUUCAUAGCAAAACUUAACUGGUAUUAAUAAAUCACUGAUAUUUUUUGAAUAACAUAUAAUAUAAAAAUACAAUACAAUACAAUAUGGUAUAAUCUGAUACAAUAGAGUAAAAUACAAGUUGAUACGAUAUGAUGUGUUAUAGUACUAUAUGUUAUGGUACAAUACAGAACAAUACCAAACAAUACAGCACAGUAUUCUAUGAAACAAUACUGUCUGAUGUCCUAUGUUACGACACCAUACGGUGCUAUAUGAUAUGAUAUGGUAUGCUUUGCUAAUAUAUGAUGGAUUAUGAUACAAUACAUGAGGAUAUGGUAUGGUAAGAUACAAUCUAAUGGAUUGUACCGUAUUGUAUGGCACAAUUUGACAUGGUACAAUUUGAUACGGUAUGAUCUGAUACAAUUCAGUAUGAUGCUAUAAGAUACAAUACGAUACGGUACACUGCAGUCUGACAUGACAUGACAUGACAUGAUGUGAUAUGAUAUGAUAUGAUAUGAUAUGAUUUGAUAUGACACGUUACAAUAUGAAAGAAUAAGAUACAAAACGAUAAGGUAUGCUGCAGUAUAACAUGACAAUAUGUGAUAUGAUAUGGUAUCAUAGCAUAUGAUUUGAUAUGAUACAGUAUGAAAGAAUAAGAUACAGUACAAUUGAGUAUGUGACAAUAUGUUAGAACAUGUCAUAGUACAAUAUGGUAGAAUACAAAGUUAAGUGACUUAUGUGAUUCUGCUACUUUAUCUUAAGCCAUAAUAUCAUACCCUAUCAUGCCAUGAUACAAUAUGAUAGGCUACAAUGCAACUUAAUUGUCCCUUUGGAAAGUUUGUUUUGGUUUUAACUAUUGCGUAGGGUUACUUGCCUCCAUGGUAGUAAAAAAUCAAAAUGAUAAAGUCAAACAACAACCCACAUGUAAACUCAGAAGCACAUACCAAUGCAAGAAUUAAGGUAAUUGCACAUUACCCAUUACUCAUGUCACAUAUGAGAAUUAUGGCUUAUUGGAACAUGAGUGUAGGAAAACCCAUUCUCUAGUCAUUUAGGCUUUGUAAACGUGUUUGAAAUAACCUAAAGCAAUUUAUAAGAGAGGUAAUAAUAUGAGACAGCUCCCUUGUGUCUUUAAACUUCUAUUCCAUAUUGUGGUGUGUCAUGCAGCUGACUGACCCGAGUGUGUGAUUCUGCACUGUGCAGUGUAAUUGAUCUAACAUCUCCAGCUGUUUCCAGGUAGUGAGACUGCUCUGGCCUUGGCGUGUCUCCUGAGAAACCACACACAGACAAACGCGCAUUCUUACAAGCAGCACUGUACAGCAUGAAGUCGUGUUUGUGGGAAGCAACUGGACGCCUGUGGAUGUGUGUUAAAAAUUCUACUUUUCCACCUGCUCACACAGAAUCAAAUCUCACUGGAGACUGAAAAACCUGCAGUACACAUCUCCCUCCUUCCCACCCCAAUCACAGAUGUGGACGUGACUCUCAUGGGUGCUUUUACUCUGUGCCUGUGAGUUCAUUUAAUGUCAGUGAAGGCCUUAUUGACUACAGGCCGCACAAUGGCUACAGCAUAUGUCGGCUAGCCCUUCGCCUCUUGUGGAAAUGAACCCACUCUCAACAGGAACAUGGCUGCCAUUCUCCUCUCCUUUCAUUCCCUCCUCAUAAUUCUAUUAGCACAUCCUAUUCAGGAACAGCCUGAUAAGUCUGGCGCACAAUGAGCGGGGCGAUGGAGAGGUUCUUUUGGGGUUUGGAUGGCGCUGGCCUGUGUGGUGUUUCAGAGAGCUAAGGCUUUUGUUCUCAGUAGUGUAGCCUCUAGCUGCUUCUAGUGCUGCUACAGUAAGCUGCAGCCUAUCAGCUCUGAGAGGCUCUUGAUGAGCUUAGGAAAGGCCUGUGUCUUCGCGCUUUCAUGCUCAGCCUCUGCUGCACGAUAUAGCAUCUUAAGUGUGUCACUUUCAGACACAGAAAUGAGCAAACCUAGUGACUUAUAUAUGCAAAUAUUCUGAUACAUCCAUGUCUUUGCAUCCACUCGGAAAAAAAAAAAGUGUUCAUGUGUGCAGAUCUGAGUGUGUCACUUGUCCAGAGAAAGAGGAUUAAUAUUGCCUGUGUCCAUCUGCAGUGUGUGUGGGGGCUAUUAAAGCUAUGUCAAACUAGAACCAUAAGCUGAACAUGAAGAUAGUUUGACUCAGUCAUCAUUAAUGUUCCGCAUGGAUAUAGUAAUGUCAGCUCAACAACAUGUGUGCCGUAUUAGUGGGGUGAUGUGUUUAUGUGCGUAUAGUCCUAGCAGCAACUUCCACGGCAGAAAGAUAAAACAACUGCACAAGUGCUAAUAACUUCAGUUCCUCGAGUGGCCACUUGAGGCUUGCUCCAAAAGUGAGUAAAUAUAAAACUAAAAGACAAAAUGCACUGAAAAUGUUUACAGCCCAUAAGGAUUGCUGUGUGCGUCUUUGUGGUAGCUGCAGAUGACUGUCUUACAUGAGUCUGGUUCUGCUCAAAGCUUCUGCCUGUUAAAGGAAGAUUUCCUCUUCACUGUAACUUGAUAAAAGUGACACACUCAUGUGGUGGAAGGUGGGAUGGGAGUGAGUCUGAUCACACAACAUGGGGCGCAGUCUAGCCUAUCUUUACUGUACAAUCUUUGUAAGUAGAGUUUGGUCUAGACCAGCUUUUCUUUGUUAGGCACCUUGGGAUAAGAAUAGGUACUAUAUAAAUAUUGAUUGAUUCUUGGGAUUUGGACCAUUUUGUACUAUAGCAUUUUAAGCAGUGAGUGUUUUUAAAAAGCACUGAGGUGGUGGUGUCCUGAAUAUUAGAGUUAUUCUUUCUCUCUUAAAGUCGCUGUGAGAAACUGCCUGUGUCGAUUUUUGCAUCCCCUGUAGACAAAGCUGUUCUGUUCACCUCCUUACUGGCUUUUUUCGUACAUGAGUAGUGUUUUCUAGCUAAAAAUAUCAUCUUGUCCCUUUUUAUCUGCUAAAUGUAUACCUCCCUCAGUGAAUAUGUGCGUGAAACAAGUAACAAAAGGCUGUUUAUUAAGGGUACGGUUGGCUUAUGUGUGAAGACAACACAACAGACUAAAGUAAUGAAUAUCUUUGGCUGAGGUUUAUUUUGUUCUUUUGCCACUCUCUCUCUCUUAGUGGAGAUGAGGAUAAUCUUAGAGUAAAAUUAUUCAAGGCCCCUUAGUUUUUUCAGAGCAAUAGAGAUAAACCCAGCUAGCUACCACCACAAAAAGAUUGUCAUUAUAAAGGGCAAACUCAUCACUAGCUUGCUAAUGCACCAACUAAUAAAUAAAGAGUGGGCCUAGAUCCAAUAUCUUUCAUUAUCUGGCACUUGCCAACUCCUCACCCCUCUUCAGCUCCACCGUCUCAUCCAAAUAAGACUCUUCUUGCUUUCAGAAAACCAAUAAGACUUCAAAAACAGCAAUCUACGAACCGCUGGCUGACAUAUUGGUGACCACAAGCCCUCCUUGCAGGCUGACACCCAUGUGCCUGAGCUGGUUGCACAUUUUUAGGUUUCACACAGCCUAUAUAAAACUUUAUCACAAUAUGAGUCAUCUGUGCUUGUUUACAUCUAGAUAGUGCAUUUUGGCAUCAUUGCUGUAGCCAUUAAUCAGAGCUGCAAGUGGCGGGUGGCUGCUUUCUCAGUGUAGACAUGAUUAUGACAAGGGUUAUGUGCCAACACUAAAACAAAUAUGAAUAAUUUGUUCGUCUGUCUUGUAAUUCCAGUGACGACAAGCAAGAGUGACAAGGUUAAAUCUUUUAUUCGACUAAAUGUGCUCAUGCCUGGUGGCUGCAUCUAUUUUUCACACAGAGUACAGAUACGGCUCAAACUUUCACCCCCGUACUGCACUGGGAUGAGGGAUAAAAAACCAGGAGAGAAACGGAAACAGAAGGUUUGAUGGAUUGAAAGUCUGAGGGGGGCUAGUUCAUGUGUUAACACACAAAUUGAAGCCCCGUCGUAUCAUUAAAUCAUAAUUACAUGUCUUAUUGUAGGCUCAGGCUAUAAAAAACAUAUUUUUAAAAAAGCUAACUCAGCCUUUCUCCUCUCUGAGUUCUCAUGAGUGUUUCUGCUGUAUCUGUCCCCCAUGUCUGACUCUCCUCUCCAAGUAUUCAUCACCUCCUUUUCCCUCUCCCCCUCCUCCUCCUCCUCCUCCUCCUCUCCUCUUCACCCUGCAUUGUGUCCAUCAGGAUGUAAGCGCGGUAACACCAGGCCCUCUUCGUAAUACCUUCCAAUAAAUCCAUUGCACGCUGCGAGAGCAAAAGGGCGGAUGAGAGGGAUUGAGGGAAGGGAGAAAGAGAAACUGCGACGAGUAGGAGGGCGGGCAUAAAUAAUGAAAAACCGCCAGCACACAUGCCGUCCCAUCAGGCUCGGCGACACCCAGGCAUCCUCCUGUGCUGUUUUGGUUACAGGCUGAUGAAGGCAGCAUGUGCAGAGGGAGAGGGAGAUAGGAGUGGUGAAAAAUGGCUUGAGAAGUGAGCGGAUGGAUGUGUGCUACGUGAUUUGGGUGCUAAGGAUGGAAGCUGAGGUGGCAGAGCAGCUGAUAAUUAGCAGUAAUUGUUGUUCAGGGAGGGGAAAAGGCAAUUGGUUUGGGUUUCAUCAUGGCCUUUGUUAUCUGUUUAUGCCUGAGAGUUUCUCCUCUCCUCACCUGUGUGUCCUUAAAAUGUAAUUAUAUUAAAUUUGAUGCAAGUCUGGCAUCACAGCUAAAGUCAUUUAAUACAAGAAACAAAACAGUGAAAAUCAUAAAGGAGUUAAAUUAACCUUAAAAUUGCCUGAAACACCAAGGUUAUGUUAUUAACUACCUUUUGUGUUCAGAUUGCUUUUAAAUAAAACACCAAAGGCAGCAAAGUCAAACAUGGAGGAAGCUGAAAAGGCCAAAUGUUUUUCGUUGUUUUCCAACUAUCUAUUCUUUUGACUGACUGACUGAUCAUUUACUCAACUUUAAAUUUUAAUCUGAGGUAUAGCUUUCUGUUCAUGGAAUGCAAGCCAGGUACACAAACAAAAAAUAUGUGAUCACAUAUCGGCACCAUAAGUUACUAUUUACUUCAAUUAUCCAGACAAGCUAACAAGCUUUAAACACCAAAUUACCAGGAUGAAAGUGUCUCUUUUGCAGCUUGUUCAGUCCUCAGACUCAGUAUGUUAACCCCAAAAUGAAGCUUGACCAAGUGGAGUUACAGUGAUUGGUAAAAGUUGUGAUUUUGGUUGUCAGAGGCAGAAUUUAUGUUCUCAUUACUACUUUGUUGUGAAAUAAAUAACUUGCAACCAAAAAACACACAAAAUUGUUACUUCCCUUGCUAGAGGUGCAGUUCUCUUUUGGGACUUACUUUUCUGGUUUGUUUAUUAUGACCCAGGUCCUAUACAACAUGGGCUUGUGUGCUUGUCUGGCUCAGGAGGAUUCCUUCCUUCCUGCAGUAUAAACAAGAAACCCUCAGAGUCUGUGACUUGAUUUAUGGCCAUGUGAUGACAUGUGUGUUUAAUUUCUGUCUGGGUUUUACACCAAAAAUAAUAUUAAUAAUAAUAUUCAUCCACUUUUUCAUGUCUUCUCUUUACUCACUGGUGUGACACAGAUCUGGAGGUCAUCUAUCAUUAGCCAAAACCAGUUUAUCCAAUGGCUGAGCUCUACUCUGCUCUACAUGCUCUCUCAUCACGACAUCCUUGUUUUCAAACUGUAAAUGAGACAAUAAAUAAUGGAAGAUUUAAUCUUAAAGAUGAAGAAUUGAAUUGGAUUAGAUACACACUCAAAUCCAAACCAUUUUAACUCUGAGUCGGCCAACAUCAUGGAGAGUCGUCCAUCAGACUUUCUGACAAAUUUUCCUCAUGCUGUCUUACUUCACCUCAGCAGUCAGUGUGUUUACAUGUUGUUUGAAGUAAAAUCACAUCUCUCAUAGUCUACGUGAUUUAUGUAAUGCAGUUGAGGAUUAAUUUUCUCCUCCUCCAUGUAUCCAGCUCACUCAGACUGAAACUGGCCCAAGCAUUCUGUGCAUGAAGGGUCUUCACAUUAGGCUUUGAGCUGAAAGUUGAACAGCGUACUAGUAAACAACGUUUUAAUCAUUCAACUUGAAUUUUUUUGGCCUCUUGCAGACAUGUUUUGUUGACUGUUUUAACAUGUAGAAGGCCAACCUGGAGACGACCUGAGAUAUGAAAGACCAACCCACAAGCUAACAGUAAGCUGUGGUUGAAAAUAACUCUCAGAAAGACCUCUUAAAAUAUUUUAUUCUUGAUAUGAAUGUAUUGCCUCACAAUUAGGACAAGGAAUCAGGGUUAAAACUUAUUAAACUUGACUUUUUUGUCUUUAAAUUGAAAGAAAAUGUAGUUCUUUUAGUUGUUUAAACCCCGUUUUGACCAAUUCUACACUCACCGGCCACUUUAUUAGGUACACCAUGCUAGUAACGGGUUGGACCCCCUUUUGCCUUCAGAACUGCCUCAAUUCUUCGUGGCAUAGAUUCAACAAGGUGCUGGAAGCAUUCCUCAGAGAGCUUGGUCCAUAUUGACAUGAUGGCAUCACACAGUUGCCGCAGAUUUGUCGGCUGCACAUCCAUGAUGGGAAUCUCCCGUUCCACCACAUCCCAAAGAUGCUCUAUUGGAUUGAGAUCUGGUGACUGUGGAGGCCAUUUGAGUACAGUGAACUCAUUGUCAUGUUCAAGAAACCAGUCUGAAAUGAUUCCAGCUUUAUGACAUGGUGCAUUAUCCUGCUGAAAGUAGCCAUCAGAAGUUGGGUACAUUGUGGUCAUAAAGGGAUGGACAUGGUCAGCAACAAUACUCAGGUAGGCUGUGGCGUUGCAACGAUGCUCAAUUGGUACCAAGGGGCCCAAAGAGUGCCAAGAAAAUAUUCCCCACACCAUGACACCACCACCACCAGCCUGAACCGUUGAUACAAGGCAGGAUGGAUCCAUGCUUUCAUGUUGUUGACGCCAAAUUCUGACCCUACCAUCCGAAUGUCGCAGCAGAAAUCGAGACUCAUCAGACCAGGCAACGUUUUUCCAAUCUUCUAUUGUCCAAUUUCGAUGAGCUCGUGCAAAUUGUAGCCUCAGUUUCCUGUUCUUAGCUGAAAGGAUUGGCACCCGGCGUGGUCUUCUGCUGCUGUAGCCCAUCUGCCUCAAAGUUCGACGUACUGUGCGUUCAGAGAUGCUCUUCUGCCUACCUUGGUUGUAACGGGUGGUUAUUUGAGUCACUGUUGCCUUUCUAUCAGCUCGAACCAGUCUGGCCAUUCUCCUCUGACCUCUGGCAUCAACAAGGCAUUUCCGCCCACAGAACUGCCGCUCACUGGAUAUUUUUUCUUUUUCGGACCAUUCUCUGUAAACCCUAGAGAUGGUUGUGCGUGAAAAUCCCAGUAGAUCAGCAGUUUCUGAAAUACUCAGACCAGCCCUUCUGGCACCAACAACCAUGCCACGUUCAAAGUCACUCAAAUCACCUUUCUUCCCCAUACUGAUGCUCAGUUUGAACUGCAGGAGAUUGUCUUGACCAUGUCUACAUGCCUAAAUGCACUAAGUUGCCGCCAUGUGAUUGACUGAUUAGAAAUUAAGUGUUAACGAGCAGUUGGACAGGUGUACCUAAUAAAGUGGCCGGUGAGUGUAUGUCCCUGACUGUUCACCGAAAGCAAGAGACAGCUUGUCUGUUUUAGAAGUGCAAAAUUCAGCCUGACAUUAAAACUGUCUGCCAUGAACUUUUGGUGCUCAAUAACCGUCCUAAUAACUCGGGUUAUGAACACUGAAGGCUAUAUAAGAUCAAAUCAAAGCCGCCUUGAGAAAUAAAUGGCAAACAUCCAACCAAAACAAUGAAAUGUCUUAUGAUCUAAUAACAUGACAAAAAAGAUGUUCAGCGAAGAACUGCGGUCUUAACUCGUGCAGUGUGAUACAGAAAGAGGGCUUUGUAUUCACAGAUCUACCCUCUGCUCAGUUUACUGCCCUGAGGGUGAGUAGGGGGACAGUGACGGGAAAGCAGAGGGUGAAAUACAGACAUUAAGGCAGAAAAGGGAAAGUCUAUCGUGAGUUUAAAGGAGCAGCUCUGUACUUACAUACAGUGUGACAGGAGGCUUGUGUUACAGCACAGUGAAGAGGAAAACUCAGAGUUUGGAUGAUGGAGAAGAAUGCAGUUAAAGCAAAGAGGUCAAAGGAAGGCUUUGAGUGAGGCCUGAAACUUCUGGGACUAGAUGGUCUUUUUUUUAGGAUUUCUGUCUUAAUAAUGAAAUUCCCUCUUUAAUGUUUUAUACUGAAAUGUCAUAACAAAUGUAUCUCAAAAAGAGUCAUCCAGAAUAGUUUAAGGUGAAGUAUCCUGAAACAGGAGUGCAGUCACCAAAGUGGUGUCUUUUUAUUGUUUGUUAGCAAAGGCCAGGUCUUAUAUGCUAAAAUCAGUUGAUAAGAACAGACUUAGGUCGCGUUUACACCAGCCUUGUUUAGUCCAGUUGAACUAAACCCUGGAGUGUUCACUUCCUUGGUGCGGUUCGUUUUGGUUGGUGUAAAGGCUCAGGUCCGCCUGGUAGGGGUGGUCUCCCGCUAUCGAAUGAACUCUAGAGCGGUUUGCUUCUGGUGUGAACCCCAUCCGCACCAAUCACAGGAAACGUGCUUCGAAAAAACAUUGAGGUACGCUCUCAUUAUUGCCUGUCGUCCUCUGUGAUAUGACCGUCCGAUUCCAGAGCGUCUCCUGCAAAGUGCGUGUAUAGAUACAUUAUUUAAUUGCCGCAGUCUUCCCAGCUAGUCAUAUGCACGGCCCAUUUGUCAUCUACCUGUCUAAACUGUAUAAGCAAUCACUGAAUGGCUUCUGCUGCCACGUGACAAUUUUUUGGACCGUUUGAGAUUGGCCUUUGUGAACGCAAAUUGGACCACUUGAGAAAUUACAACAAUGUAUCAUCAAUGUAUCAUUCUUGCUUUGGUUUGUAUCAGAAAACGGACCUUUUGGUGUGAACACGACCUUACUUUACUUGGUGUUGGAUGGUAUUAUUAAAAUUAACAUUGAGGCCUCUCUAUGACCCAAGAAAGACACCAGACAUGAGACCAAAAAAAUUGAUAUAUAUCAUGAUUCUUAUUGCUUUUACGGUGUUUUAAGAUUCAUUUUACUGUUUCCACUGUAGUUUUUUAUAAUUACACAAACACAACAUUUAAAACAAAUUAAGAUUAGUUUUUUUCAGUCAGCAAACACAACAGGACAAGAUUCACAACGUUUCAAUAGAGGCAAUUUUUUAAUGCCUGAAAUCCUCAUGAUGAGGUUUUUGUCUGAAAACACCACUUUCACACAUACGAGACAAUAGAUAAGAGGUAUUGAUUUGACCACAGGGGACACCAGACCAACACAACAGUACCUCAUGGCAGUUUUAAGUGAGCGUGUGCAGUGCUAGUUUGAUUGAACAAAACUACUCAGUGUAAGAUAUCAGACCAGCAGAGACAGGGGAUGUGAGCCUCUGCAAAUUAGUCAGGGGCUGUACCUCACUGCUUUUAAAAUCAUUAUAGGCUGUGCUCAACUAUCUAUUAUAUGAGAAGCUGGCAGGGUGGCAAUAACAGAUGACACAAGAAAGGAACACUUUUUACUUGGUUAAUUAAUCAAAAGAAUAAUUAGGAAUCUAAAAUUGUGUGCUGGCAAAGCUGCUUUGCUUCCCUGUGUCUUAAAGUCAUAAAAACACAGGGUAGAAAGAAAUUUAAUCGAACUUAAAUUAAGAGAGAUUUUUUUUCCUUCAUUGCUUUAGGCUCCUGCCUAUGAGUAUCAAAGAGAGAACCAUAUUUAGAGCUUUAAUUUGUUAAGAUUAAAAUAUAUUUUCUCAACAAGAGAUGGAAAAGGAGCUCAUCAAGACAGUUUUGCAGCUCGGAUUGCUCUGAUUCUUUUCCGUGGAUAAAAUGACAUCAUCUUCAUAUAAACUUUAACCCUGAGCAUUAACCUGCAUCUCAUUACAGCAAACAAUAGCAAUUGUUCUCCUCUCUCUGUUUGAGCUUUACUGCCACAUGGGUGAGCUGCUCAAUUCCAAUUACACCGUGGUGAUUGCUGCGGUGUCACAGAGCCUACAUAGGCUGGUCAAUGGCACGCGCACACACACAGAAUCACACACCUUCUUCAACAGCCGGCUACUGUUGACGUAAGGAGAUUUCAGAGAGGCUCCAUCAAUCUUGUCAUCAAAAAUCAACAUGCUUGUUAGUCUGUGUCUGCUUUUCUGUGUGUGUAUGCAUAAGCUCAGGUGUGCCUCUCUAUAUAUUCCUGUUGCUGCUGUUGAUUGUGUGUGUGUGUUUAGAAAUGAGAUUCACCUUUUGGUCUGGGCGAGGUUUUACUGGACGGUGGGUCGAUAGAUCAAUGCUGAGUGGAAGGCACACACUCAGCAGAGCCAGAAUAGCUCUGGAAAAGGCCACAGCAAUCAGUCUUAGCCCAGCCUGUCCCCUAAUCAUCUAGAGGAGAUUCUCAUUCUGAGUGGACGCUAUUUUUAUAAACUGGCACUAGGAGCACUUUCAAUAAAGUCAAAUCUGCAGCAAUUACAGAUAUGGAUAAUUGAAUGUGCUGACCCAUUCACUGUCUGGCCCUUGUUAGUGUGCUGUUGCUGUUUUGAACUCGCCAUAAAGAUAUGACAUGUUUGUAUCUAAUAGCAGGAGGUAAGACUGGAGGUUAACCUGACAGUAAUCAGAGGCAGAGGGCAGCAGGUAUAAUGUGAAUGCUUGAGUUGAAGCUAGAAAGGUAGAGCUAGAUUCACGAAUAAAGUGUCAGCAGCAUGAACAGUGGAUAAAUAACUGUGUAAAAAAAUGGCUACUAUUCAUAAAGGCAGCAGGGCUUGAUUAUAAUACUGGAGCUGUUUUGAUUUUCGAGGUUGAAUUCAAGCGAAGUGUUGAAUACAGCUUAUCACUUUGAUAUAAUUUAAACAGGUAGAGAACUGAACUAUUACACUCUGUGUGUCGAAUCAAGUAAAAGAAAACGCACAUGAAUUUAUUUGCUGUGUAUUUACUUAUAAGACUGGUGGAGUGGGUAGCUGGAGGCUGUGGACACCAAACCUAUUAAAGCUUGAUCCAAAAAAGCAUCUAGACUUAGUUCAAGUUGAUGUUACAGGAUCAAGCUUUGGGUAACUUUAACCUGAAUGACCGAGAAACUUUACAAACUCUACAGCUGUCCAGACUAGAGUUACUGAAUAUCUUUGCAGCAGCUUUUUUCUGUAUUGCACUUUGCACUCCAGUCACAUCUGGCCAUGCAUAGAGACUACUGUGACUUGUCCGGCUUGCAGGAUGACUUGUACUUAUGAAACCAGGAGGUAGCUUGCUGUCUCCCCCCACUGCGGUUGGGAAAGGUGUACGAUUUGAAAUGAAAAUGCUUCUCUGAUGAGUAAGUAACCUGGGAAGGCCAAUUUUGGCAAUAUAUAUAUAUUUCCAACUUUCCUGUGAUUUAAGCAGUAGAGUGUAUGUUUGCUCACCUGACUGUUAAAUGGUAAACGUCAGCCACCCAGCUCUGGGCAGCCAUACUGCUCAUGGUGAGCUUUUGUUUCUUUUUUUUUUUUUUUGGAGACAGAUGCUACUCAAAAUAUGAAACAAGUUCAACAACAGUUUGUGAAAAAUAGCCUACACAUAUAUUUUCAUCACAUGCAUCCUUCUCAUGUAUGCAGGUGGCCCAGGUCCACUCUGUGGUGAUUUUUCUGCAUGUCAUUCCCCACUCUCUCACCACUUUCCUUUUCUGUCCUUGUCCUGCACCUGUCAAUAAAGGCCAAAAAAAGUUAAAAUGAUAUAAAGGUUUAGUUCUUGAUAAAAAAAAUUAAAAGAGAAUUUAACAUCACAUAUUGAGGACUCAUAGAUUAACUAAGUCCUGCCCAGCUCUGGGCUCAUUACAUCUGUAUAGUCGUUCAGAAAUCUAAAGCCCUCUUAAUUCAAAUGUCUCUGAACUCUUACAAAAAGCCAUGGGCUAAAGCAGUAAGCGUUUUCUAAAAAGGAUCAUAAAUCUUCAUUUUGAGCAGGUUGCCCUGCGCUGAAAAAACCUUUACUAACCAAACCAAAAUCUCAUCUUCCUUUAAAUACCCAGAGUCCAUGCAAAUGUGUGAAUAAUGUGAUUAUUUGGUCAAUAUGCAGCCCUGUAUGUGACACUCCUCAGCAGCCCAGUGCAGGGCCAUCCAAUAGAUGGUGGCAUGACUUCAUUGAUGCUGCUGUUUGAAACCUGAAUGAAUGGAAAAAGAUUAGGGAUCAUCUUCUAUGCCACACGGGGAAAUUCAUCAUCUCCCCUUCCCACUCACCGAGACACAUGCAUGUGUAAUCCACCUCUGCUUUAGAAAUGGAGAUUAGAAAACUGUUCAGUUCUCCUCUUAUAUGGGAAUUCAAUGAUGCGUGUUUACAUUUCAGUUAAGAGAUUUAGUUUAAAUCUUCAGCACGUUUUAUCGCGCUUUCCUGUCUCAUUUCUUGGUUUGGUGCAUGGAAAAUUGGAUUUCAUCUGAAAAAUGUGAAAAGUAAGCAUAGAGGUUUGCGUCUUCUAUCUAUCUAUCUAUCUAUCUAUCUAUCUAUCUAUCUAUCUAUCUAUCUAUCUAUCCAUCCAUCCAUCCAUCCAUCCAUCCAUCGAUCGAUCGGUCUGUCUGUCUGUCUGUCUGUCUGUCUGUCUGUCUGUCUGUCUGUCUGUCUGUCUGUCUGUCUGUCUGUCUGUCUGUCCGUCUGUCUGGAAAAAAAACCCAACAACAAUCAAAACAAAGACAACCAACCCUCUGUCUGUAUACCUCCAUAACUGUCUCCUUCUGUCCUCUCCCCCACUCCACCUGAAGGUGGAAGAAAUGACAUCAAGCCUUUUGCAACACUUAAUUGCGUUCCCAUGCUCAAUUUAUAAUCCAAGGCAAUUUAAUUAACUUGGAGCCCUUCCUGAUUUCCUGCUGGCUUUGAUGCGUUUGAAAUGAACUAAAAAGUGAUUGGAUAUUUCGUAGCAUUAUUCCAGCCCUGGAAGGACAACUGCUGGAAGUUCCUCGCCGCUUCUCUUCAUCUUCUUCUUCUUCUUUGUAGCAAUCAAGACAACCCUGGAUGUGAAACCCACACAUUCCUUACAGGAAAGUUUCCUUAUCUGGUCCCAGGAAACAGGAUAUAAAUCUUUCCAGACGUGUUUGCACUUUCAGGUUAAAUAAGUGACCCAACCAUAGGUUGACUAAACCUCUGACUCUUCAGGAUUGGUCAGUUCGGCGAACAGAGACAGAGUUUUUAUUACCUUUCAAACUGACUCCAUUACUGACCAUCUAAAUAAACAUUAACGUCUCAACCCAGAUCUCCCAUUUGAGAUUUAGCGUCUUAAAGUGUGUGAACAUACGGACCCCAGGAUAAGGGGGGACACUGACCUCCAGACCUCGGUCGUAAAACCCUGCUCGACCAUACACUGAUAAAGACUGCAUUCCUUUGGUGAAAGAAUACAAAUGACUGAUCAUGACAUCUUAUGCAUUCAGCAAUGUACUAAUCUGUCUAAUCAUGAAAUUUGUGUUAAAAUGAGAUGUUUCCCGUUUUUCUAUGUGCUUCAGAAGCCAAGUUAUCUUAUCUGACAGAAUAAAUCCUUAUUCUUUAGUUCUUUAGACCAACAGCUUUUCAGACUGUUUCAUGAACUUUUAAGAGUUAAAUUUAUUGACUAUGAAUCCUAAGUUUACUCUAAGUAACAGAAAUAGUUUAGAAAUGUUUGGUUUAUAUUUUAGUUAUUUAUUUAGUAUCUUAACCAUUAGGUGGUUAUAAUGUCACUGAAUAAUCUGAAUGUGAGUAUUUAGAAUCCAUUAUUAAUCAUGAUGACGUUCAUUCACAUGUGUUUACUCUUUUGUUGUUCACAGUUUCUAUGUGUUACUAUCUGUUUCAUUUCAGAGUAAUUUAGCAUGUUCAAUGUGAUACUUAAAACAUAAUGAGAAUGUUUGAUGUGAUCCUACACUUCAUUCAUAUGUGUUUAGUAUCAAAUUAUUUAUCAUGAAACCAAGCAUUCAAUGAUAUUAAUCAUAGUGAGUGAGUAUCAGAUCUGACUCUUUUACCAGCCAAAAGAAUAAGUUAGAUCAAAUAAUCAGAGACCCGAUGACCCCUCCUUUUUCUCCUCAGACACUCCCAGUGUGAGAAGAUAAAACCAGUGGAGUGGGGUUGCUCACUCUCUUAUCUCUCUUAUGCCUCUUAACUCUCUUAUGCUUCUGCUCUUCUGCUGACUCUCUUGUCCCCGGCUCUUAUGCCCCUUCUCUUCUGUCCACACCCUUCUGUGGUGCGUUUCUUUGUUUUCUCUUAGAACUUUUUCUUAGUCUUCUAAGUUUUACGCCACGUGUUGAUUCACGUUGAUUUUUCUUUAACAUCGUCUUAGUUCAAGUUUUGAAACUUCAACUUUUUGUGCACAUAGCAAUUCAAGAUUAAGCCUUUGAUUGAUUUUCUUUAAUUUCGCGAAGCCAUUUUUGAAAGUUUUCUCUGCUCUUCGAGCCUCGUUUUUCUGAGUUUUCUGCGUGAUUUCAAAGUCACCUCCGAACGCAAUCCAACAGGCCCAGGUCAUCCUCUGUGCCAGAGUUUUUGAGUGAGACUAAAGAAGUACCCAAACGAGCAUCCACAGGAUCCACAGGCGCUGGUUUUUGCUUCGGGCCUGAGUGCUGCAACUCCUGGCUCAUCCUUCGGCUGACUUCAGUCGUCUUCUGAGCUGAACCGCUCGAACCGCCAGUAGCCCGGACCUUCGGAACCUGCUCCAUCUUCUCCAAGGACCAGUCUCACUUAAGUAUGCAAACCUCCAGAGCUCUAAAGAGGGCUGGUGCUGUCUCCUGCGUUCAACUCAGAUAUCCUCUUAUUCUGGUGAUCUUAGAUUCCUCCAAAUCCACAUCCGAGUUUAUCUCGACACUAAAGUUAGUGUAGGUUAAUAUGUUAGCGCAUAUUCACUCACUAUCAUUAACUUUAGUGCUCUUAGCCUGACUCAGAAUCUUUAUUUAUUCACCUAUUAUUAUUUCAUCCUCAUUAUCUUAUCAUCAUUUAUUGCAUGUGUGUUGUACCAUCAUUUAUCCUGUAAUAAACAGAUCAUUAUUUUUCUAAGUUCCUGUCUGUUAGUGUUCUUCCAGAAGUGGAGUCCCUGAAAUUAGAAUUUCGACUUAAGAUAUGAGACUGAUUAAUUAAGACUGAUUAAUUAAGACUGAUUAAUUAAAACUGACUUGAUGUUUGAUUUCUGAAUUAAACUUUUGUUUUCUUUAUUUUCCCACCAUUAAGGGUGGGUGGUGCCCCUUUCAACGAGUGCAUAAAUGUCAUAAUUUGAGAUUAUUAAUCUUCAGACAUUUAUUAUAAAUUCCAAUCGCCAAGUAUUAUUUUGGUGCGGCCUUGUGAGGCUCAUUUCAAAUCGCUACAUAUAUUUUGGUGCGACCGUAUGAGGCUCAUUUCAAAUCACUACAUAUAUUUUGGAGCCCCUGCGUGAGGCGUUUCAAACAAAACUUCUGGAUACUAACAGACAACCUAAAACUUAGCCUUCCAAAUUGAUGAGAGAAACUUAUUUCCAGGCUAUUCUAGACUUAAUCACAAUCAAUGCUAUGCUUGCUGAAGUUGCUUGACUAAGUUCUGAUGUUUUCCUGAUCUAUGCAUAAAACCUUUAUGCUCUGUGUUUCACACACUCUUGUACUACAUGCCUGUAGUCUGUGUUUGAGCUGGACAGCGUGAAAUGUUGUUCUGAGUAGCAGUGAGACUGACUCCUCUGCUCUGUCUAGACUGUCCAAUAUUUAAGUGCACGAUUGUGGCGUCGCCGUACGCUUGUAUUUAAGGCCUUUGGCUGAACCCAGUGUUCGCGAUGCUCCGAGCUGUGGUUUCAAGCCCCUGAAGUCUCUGUAGUCUGCUACGAGGUUCUAGUAACUAUAUGGGAUUCAGAUUUCCUCCUUUCCCCUGACAGAUUAGCUACCUGUCACAGGAAACCACUGUAACAGUGGGAGGUUGUUGUUUGAUUGAAUUCAGACAAAAUUUGUGUUCACAAAUCACCGCAUUUGUGAUUUUAAAGUCUGCAGUUGAAUCUGCUGUUGAGGGAUUUGUCACUUUGAUUCUGGUCUCUAUAGUCUGCUACGAAGUUCUAGUAACUAUAUGGGAUUCAGAUUUCCUCCUUUCCCCUGACAGAUUAACUACCUGUCACAGGAAACCACUGUAACAGUGGGAGGUUGUUGUUUGAUUGAAUUGAAUCUGCUGUUUAAGGAUUUGUCACUUCGAUUCUUGUUCCUGUAAAUGAUUUUAUUGAACCAAUCUGCCUGAGAAGAUGGUGUAAAGUUCUAUGUUUGAGGGUGCAGACGCAGCCUGCUGUGAAAUGUUAACCCUUUGUUGUCAGUGGAGAGACUGACCUUUGGCCUUAAGCAGAUAAGGCCCUUCAAGGAGGCAGAGCCUAAAGGCUCCUUCCUGCACACUUCCCAACUCCUCACAGCCACAAGAGGCUAGUUGGAUGACUGUUUCCUCUUCUCUUCUUCUUCUCCACUUGUGUUGAGCUUGUGCAGUUACCCCAACUCCAUACUGCCCCACAUGGUUGUUUUUGGUAUUGAGCUAACACUGCUAUUAUCUGCCUGCAGUAUCAGCCAGCUGUACUGCCUCUCUGUAGUCAGUGUGUAACACUCUACAGACAUAACUCAAGUGAUUGACUUGGUUGAUGAAGUUUGAUGUGCUUAUUCUAAAUCAUUGAUCAUUGAUUUUUGAUUUUUAUCUUUGUUAUAAGAGCCUACAUAACGUAUUGAUAAAGUAACUCCUUGAAUCAAUCACCUGAUCUGUUGUUACUUAUCACACCAUUGAGCAGUUUUACUGUUCCCUAUAAUACAUGAAUGUAUUAACCCUCCUCAUAAGAUUAAUUAAUUAAUGAACAAAUUAAUUAAUAUUUGAAAUCUAUUUUACCAUUUCAGAUGAAUUGGGUAGUUGAAUCUUUGGCUUUAUUGCGAUUUGUGAAUUAACUUCAGAGUUAAUUCCUUAAAUUGACAAUUUCAUUGGUUUCAGAUUCAUCCAACUGCAUCAGGCAGUUUAUUUAAGCUUUGCUGAUCUCUGCAACACGGAGACAAUUUGAACCCUUUAUUCAAUGGUUCUGUAUCUGAUGUUAAAUUUAAUUUAACAUUAUUUCACCUUGUUUUAUUUCAAUUUUCAUUGAAAUGAAUUUAACUUUAUGUUAUUUUUCUCUCCAUUAGAGAUCUACUCAGAUAGGCUCUUCCUCUUUAUCAAGCACUGAUAAAUUAAGUCGAUUAACUCACUUAAUUUGAUAUUUUGCUUCUUCUUUUCAUUUUAAGCCAACUCAAACUCAUCAACCAACCACCUGCUCCUCUUUACCAAAACCAAACAUGCCUAACACAAAAGAGUCCAGCCAGGGAGACCCCCUGAGGGACAUACACACAGUGUUGGCAAACUUGACUAGUCAGCUGAUACCUCAGUACAUGACUAAGAUUCAAAAGGCCGAACCCUCCAAUCCGGAGGAUGCAAUGGCUGACCUACUGGAAACAGCCUUAACCACGACACUUCGUGACAAAGAGCUCACUAGAUGCAUGUCUGUCGUGAUGUCUUCUCAGCUUGAGUAUAAAGACUACUUGCUGGAAUGCGCUUUAGCAAAGAUAAAGGCGCAAAAAGACGAAAAUAGCGCUCUGAAAAAGACGCUAGAAGAGACUAAGAAGUCUCUAAGUGUUUUAGAAAAACACAGUGCCAGAUGUGAAGCGUCAAAGCUUCCAUCACUAAUAAGUCAUGAAGAAAAUCUUGAUCUCAAAGACAAGAUUGAAAGACUUAAUGAAACCCUUUACAAAAAGGAGAAAGAACUUGAUGACACGAAUAAGCAGCUUGCUAAGACCAUAGAGGAUCUGAUACAGUCCGAAUCCCUACUAGAGCAAACAACAGAAGAUGUAGAAGCUUUGAAAGCACUGGUCAAAGUGCGUGCUGAAGCUCUUGAAGUUAAGGAGAAGCAAACUUCUACCUUACAGCACCAGCUCCAGAUAGCUCAAAGACAGUUAAUUCUUUGUCAAGAACAGCGAGAAAAGACAGACAAAGAACUUGAAGAUGCCCAAAGAGAGUUACAAUGCUCCCUCCAGUCAGGUCGAGCCCAAAGAGAACGCAUGGAGCAAACGUUUCUUGAAGAAAUGAUAGGUGAUCAGCCUCCUGAGAGAGCGCCAUCACUUCCUUCCAAACCAACUCUUAAGUAUCUCUCUCAGCAUCAUGACAGGACCCUGCUUGACCCUGAGAGGUCAUCCUUAAACCAAGAGUCCUACUCUCCUCCUCAUGAUGGCUUCUUACCAUUUCCCUCAGACAGGGAUCUUGACAAAAUUGCUCGCAUCAUAGCACACUUUGAACCUGAGCACCAAGGUGCUACUGACACCUGCACCUACUUGAAAGACAUUGACUUUUACCUGAGGAAAUUUCCAGGUGCAACCGUUGAUGACAAAAUCUACCUUAUUAAGGCGACGUCAAGUCGAGAGGUUAGCAGUUUCCUUGAACGACAGCCUUAUCAUGUCAGAAAUAAUUAUGACUUGCUCUGCCAAGCAUUAAUUGAAGAGUUUUCUGACUAUUUGACCCAGACAGGCCUCUCUGCUGCUCUGUCUAUUAAACAAGGGAGAUCAGAACCUCCCCAACAGUAUUACAACCGCUUACGUGAAGCUUACUUUGGUUUCCGAAAUGAACCAGAAAUGGAGGAGGACUUGAACUUCAAAACGCUGUUCGUCCAGAACCUCCACCCUACCACCAGUCAUCACCUUGGCGUCUUAGCUUGUCCAAACACUUCGACUAGCCGACAGCUUCGUGAACUUGCUGUAAAAGGUUUUGCCAAACAACGACAAACUUUGGCUAAGAAAGCAGAGCCCGUUACUCUCUUGGCUAUGGAGACAAAUUCACUGCCCAUGGAGCUGAACGAAGCUUCAGACUGGGUAUUUUCAGGCUCCGAUAAGCCUCCAAAUGAGUGGUUAACCAGGCCCCCAAAACCUUUUCGACCUCCACAAACUCACAAAGGUCAAAGUUACACACCAAGGCCCAGGUCUGACCCAGACCAAUGCCCGGUAAACUUUGAGACCAACUGUUGUUAUUCAGACUCCCUUCACGGUGGGUUUUAUCCCAGACAAAGGAAAAACCAUCAACACCGCCAAAGGGGGGUGAAUGACUGGCAGAAUCAGAGUAAAUCACACUCUCAGAAACGACGAUCUUAUUAUCCACCUCAAUCGGUUUCAUCCACUUUGAAGGUGAAUAAACAUGACAACUCAGCUAACCACUGAGAUUAACACUGUGGAGUCAUGAAGGUGUGAGUCCUGCGAAAGCAGAAGUCACUCAGCCAAAGCUAAAUGACUCCAAUAAGAUAUCCAAAUGCUGUGGUGAUACAUUGAUGACUGCAACCCCAGUUGCUGCUUUCUUUGUUAGCAUUUGUCCCUCCUCUGUCAAUAUGGUCAGCUUGUCAGCUGUCAAAUAUCCCAUGAACAGAUUAAAAGCUGAAAUUUCUGUCAUUAAGACUCAGAUUGACAAAUUUCAGACUCAACAGCAGAUAAUUAGUCAAACCAAUAAGAGCAUCAUCCCCAAGUUUAACAGACAAAGUUUAAGAGAAACUCUGUGCAGUAAACUUUUGAUGUUUGUGAUUCAGGUUGACUAUGCUCAUACACAGAUGGUUAAUAUGUCUAUAGCAGACAUUUCUUUUCCACCUAAGUCUUAACCAUUUUUGAAACUGAAAUUGAACUUUCAGACUUCUCCAGCAAGCAUGAAAAACAGCUAUAGCUUUAGAUCCAGUUAGCAUUCAGACUAAAGAGUGCUUUUCUAAAUCUCAUUAAUACUGAAAAUUAGGAGAUUUUCUUUCACAUUAGUCUACCAAUAGUUAACUGAGAAAAGUCUAACACCUUAUUUGAUAGCUUAAUGCAUGCUUGAUGUUAUCUUAAAGCAGAUACUAGUGAUUCACAUAGUGAUAAUGAGACGCAUCAGUCCUAUUUGCAUACACCUGCUGCUGCUUCAUGGUUGUCUACUCGUCGUCCCGAUGCUCCAUGGACAGGACCACCGUGACGAAGGGGGGACUGUAGCAAUCAAGACAACCCUGGAUGUGAAACCCACACAUUCCUUACAGGAAAGUUUCCUUAUCUGGUCCCAGGAAACAGGAUAUAAAUCUUUCCAGACGUGUUUGCACUUUCAGGUUAAAUAAGUGACCCAACCAUAGGUUGACUAAACCUCUGACUCUUCAGGAUUGGUCAGUUCGGCGAACAGAGACAGAGUUUUUAUUACCUUUCAAACUGACUCCAUUACUGACCAUCUAAAUAAACAUUAACGUCUCAACCCAGAUCUCCCAUUUGAGAUUUAGCGUCUUAAAGUGUGUGAACAUACGGACCCCAGGAUAAGGGGGGACACUGACCUCCAGACCUCGGUCGUAAAACCCUGCUCGACCAUACACUGAUAAAGACUGCAUUCCUUUGGUGAAAGAAUACAAAUGACUGAUCAUGACAUCUUAUGCAUUCAGCAAUGUACUAAUCUGUCUAAUCAUGAAAUUUGUGUUAAAAUGAGAUGUUUCCCGUUUUUCUAUGUGCUUCAGAAGCCAAGUUAUCUUAUCUGACAGAAUAAAUCCUUAUUCUUUAGUUCUUUAGACCAACAGCUUUUCAGACUGUUUCAUGAACUUUUAAGAGUUAAAUUUAUUGACUAUGAAUCCUAAGUUUACUCUAAGUAACAGAAAUAGUUUAGAAAUGUUUGGUUUAUAUUUUAGUUAUUUAUUUAGUAUCUUAACCAUUAGGUGGUUAUAAUGUCACUGAAUAAUCUGAAUGUGAGUAUUUAGAAUCCAUUAUUAAUCAUGAUGACGUUCAUUCACAUGUGUUUACUCUUUUGUUGUUCACAGUUUCUAUGUGUUACUAUCUGUUUCAUUUCAGAGUAAUUUAGCAUGUUCAAUGUGAUACUUAAAACAUAAUGAGAAUGUUUGAUGUGAUCCUACACUUCAUUCAUAUGUGUUUAGUAUCAAAUUAUUUAUCAUGAAACCAAGCAUUCAAUGAUAUUAAUCAUAGUGAGUGAGUAUCAGAUCUGACUCUUUUACCAGCCAAAAGAAUAAGUUAGAUCAAAUAAUCAGAGACCCGAUGACCCCUCCUUUUUCUCCUCAGACACUCCCAGUGUGAGAAGAUAAAACCAGUGGAGUGGGGUUGCUCACUCUCUUAUCUCUCUUAUGCCUCUUAACUCUCUUAUGCUUCUGCUCUUCUGCUGACUCUCUUGUCCCCGGCUCUUAUGCCCCUUCUCUUCUGUCCACACCCUUCUGUGGUGCGUUUCUUUGUUUUCUCUUAGAACUUUUUCUUAGUCUUCUAAGUUUUACGCCACGUGUUGAUUCACGUUGAUUUUUCUUUAACAUCGUCUUAGUUCAAGUUUUGAAACUUCAACUUUUUGUGCACAUAGCAAUUCAAGAUUAAGCCUUUGAUUGAUUUUCUUUAAUUUCGCGAAGCCAUUUUUGAAAGUUUUCUCUGCUCUUCGAGCCUCGUUUUUCUGAGUUUUCUGCGUGAUUUCAAAGUCACCUCCGAACGCAAUCCAACAGGCCCAGGUCAUCCUCUGUGCCAGAGUUUUUGAGUGAGACUAAAGAAGUACCCAAACGAGCAUCCACAGGAUCCACAGGCGCUGGUUUUUGCUUCGGGCCUGAGUGCUGCAACUCCUGGCUCAUCCUUCGGCUGACUUCAGUCGUCUUCUGAGCUGAACCGCUCGAACCGCCAGUAGCCCGGACCUUCGGAACCUGCUCCAUCUUCUCCAAGGACCAGUCUCACUUAAGUAUGCAAACCUCCAGAGCUCUAAAGAGGGCUGGUGCUGUCUCCUGCGUUCAACUCAGAUAUCCUCUUAUUCUGGUGAUCUUAGAUUCCUCCAAAUCCACAUCCGAGUUUAUCUCGACACUAAAGUUAGUGUAGGUUAAUAUGUUAGCGCAUAUUCACUCACUAUCAUUAACUUUAGUGCUCUUAGCCUGACUCAGAAUCUUUAUUUAUUCACCUAUUAUUAUUUCAUCCUCAUUAUCUUAUCAUCAUUUAUUGCAUGUGUGUUGUACCAUCAUUUAUCCUGUAAUAAACAGAUCAUUAUUUUUCUAAGUUCCUGUCUGUUAGUGUUCUUCCAGAAGUGGAGUCCCUGAAAUUAGAAUUUCGACUUAAGAUAUGAGACUGAUUAAUUAAGACUGAUUAAUUAAGACUGAUUAAUUAAAACUGACUUGAUGUUUGAUUUCUGAAUUAAACUUUUGUUUUCUUUAUUUUCCCACCAUUAAGGGUGGGUGGUGCCCCUUUCAACGAGUGCAUAAAUGUCAUAAUUUGAGAUUAUUAAUCUUCAGACAUUUAUUAUAAAUUCCAAUCGCCAAGUAUUAUUUUGGUGCGGCCUUGUGAGGCUCAUUUCAAAUCGCUACAUAUAUUUUGGUGCGACCGUAUGAGGCUCAUUUCAAAUCACUACAUCUUCUUCUACAUCUUCUUUGAGUUUUUGUGCUCUAGUGCCAGUGUACCCAGUCAAACACAGGCCAAAAAAUGCUUUAGGCCAGGAUGCUUCUACUUAGUCUGAGUGGUUGAUCCAGAUAGAGUGAAAGUGUGGCAGUCAGAGGCAGUGGGGCUGAUGGCUUUAUUUUUUUUUUCUUUCAAAGAAAGACUAACAGAGAUGCAGAGGAAGACAGAGGUCUAAAGAUGAGAGGUGCUGCUGCUGUGUUAGGACACGCACUGUCGGGAGGAGGUAUCCUGCUGUCAGAUGCAGCUGUAUAUCUGUCUCAGAUUAUGUGGAGAUGAUGGGCUCAUCUUUAUGGCCUUCCCAGGAUAUUUACAGGAUGACAUGACAGUAACCUAGACAGCAGAAGAGGGAGGAGGACUUGGUUGGAGCUUUGUAGCUCCUAUCAUAUAACUGUGUGUGAUAGCAUGCUUCUGUUUAUGCUAGGCUGUAAAAUUUUAUGCACAUGUAUCACCUUUGCGUCCUUUGUGUUGCCCUGUCAUCAGAAAUGCCUCCCAAGUCGAUUUAUUUGCAUGACAGCUUUUUUUUACGGCCAACAGGGCGCGACCUGUCUACAUCUAUCAAAGCUGAUAACGAUAUUAUUGGGAUAUUAAUGCAAAACUUGUGAAUGUGAACAAGGUGAAUGUUUACAUGAGGAAGUGGCGCAGCAGUCCGAGCUCACUCACUUUGCUCCAGCAGUGAACAGAUUCACUGUCUUGCCUUCCACAUUCUGAUGUCAACGGUAUUAAAAUGCCCCCAAUUGCCCGAAGCCCCUGAAUCAUCAUGUCCUGUGUUGGUAGGUUUGUGGAUCUGCAUUGUCGUUGUAGCAUGUGUGAAGUAAAAAAAAAAUUGUGUCUUUUUACUUUUUUGCUUCACUCGUAGCAUGUCUGUGCUACUUAUGAAAGUUGUUCAAGUUUUUGCAGACCAGUUAGCCUUUAGCACCAUUUUCCUCUAAAACAGCAUUCAGAGUGGGAAGUUUACUUCUAUUAUCAGACUGAACAAACGUUUUAGGUUGGUGGUCGUAAGUAUGGGAAUCUGAUAACACAGGGGGCAGUGAAAACCCAGGGGUGCAGCAGCGUAUUUGAAAACCAAUAAGCUACAUUCGGACAAACAUCUAAGUGAUUUAUUCGUUUCAUGCAACACUAUACAAUAUUUAUUUUAACCAGAUAAUUAAAUGCUCCCUUGCUAGUAUUUGCUAACAAGCUACUGAAUGCAAAUAGGACCAUUUGGUAUAAGUACAUACUGUAAGAGCAAAGGUGUAUAUACAUAGCUAACAUUAACUGGAGUUUUGUUGUAGCCGACUUGUUUUGAACCCUUAAAUAUGGCACUUUGUGUCUUCAUACACGUUUACUUUACAUCCUGCACACUCCGAGGUACCCACAGAGUGAACAUGGCAAACACAGAAUAGUUUGAAAUUCUUUUUUCACCUCCCCAUUUCCUCCUCCUCCUCCUCCUCCUCCUCCUCCUCCUCCUCCUCCUCCUCCUCACUGCUAACACUCUUCAUGGUGCUUUGGCUCGGCUAAACUGCUAAUAGCUGUGUUUUGCUCUGUGAUUUUCAUUUAGGACUGUUCUUUGCUAAAGCACACGGCCCUUUUGAAGUAGCUCCAGAUUGAAAAUUCGUACAUACAUCCGUUGUGUUUCUGAAAGCUCUGGCUAUUUAUUCAGAGUGGCUUCAUUUACAUGGUAGCGCUGGCCCUGCGGCCUUGGAGGCUGAACUGUAAACAGGAUGUAUUUUCUUUUCAAAUGAUCCCUCCUGCAUAAUUCAUGAUAUCGACAUUAUCUUUAUUCAUAUGCAUUGUGAUUUAUAUGAAUCAGGCUUAUGUGUGUGAAUUAGUCUCAGGAGGGGUGCACAUUUAGCAUGAAUACUUAGCCGUUUUCAAUAGAGAAAAGCUAAUGUCUUGAUAGCAGCAUGUUGUAACAUGCUUUUGAGCAUGUGUGUGUGUGUGGGGGGGUGUAUGUGUGUGUGAGUUAUCUUUCAUUUCAAAUGCUAGCUUUGUGCACUACCAUCGUUUGCCUUUGUACAUAUGAUUCUCCUCCUUUAUGUUGUCCUAUAUAUGUUUAUAUGAAUACCUACAGGUCCCUAAUGAUUGUGUGAGAGUGUGUGCUCAUACCUCUAUAUAUGCGUGUGUCAAUAUGUCAAAGAGAGAGAGAGGGUGAGCGAGUGAGCUUUGCUGGGAGGAAACAGCUGUCUCUCUGUAUGUCAGGCCCACGAUGUGAAGGGGGUAAGACAGGAGGAUGAAGAGCACUGCAGAGCCCAGGAAGCUAUGACAGCAGCCACCUCAGAAAGAGUGACACACAUAUCUGCAGCCACACACACAUACAUACAUACACACACACACACCUGAAACACUGAGAGAGGGUUUGUGUAGGCGAGCUGUGGGUCGUCAUGGUUUCUUCUGCCUUUCUCUAUUCUUUAUUCUUCCUUGCUUUAUUUCUUGUUUAAUUACUUUUUCUUUGUUCUUGUCUCUGUUCCCUUAGUCUCACCUUUUUUUCUUAUUUUCCCCUGACUCUUUCAUUCAUCCAUCUUUCUAGUCUUCGUAUUUCUUUAGUUCUUCUCUUUCAUAACUGUUUGUUUUUCUUGUAUUUCUGCUUUCUUGUCUUCUUUCUUUUAUUUCCUCUUUUUGUCUUCUUAUAUUUUUCAUUUUCAUUUAAUCUCCUUCCCUCUUGAUUUCUUUUCCUCCUGUCCCUGUCCACCUGUCUCCUUUUUCAUUUUUUUGCUUCCAUUUUUGCUUCAUCUUUUUUACUUCCCCCUGCACUACUUCAAUGUCUUUUUUGUUUCAGCUGUUUUGCUUCCUUCCCUCUUCUUCCACUUGAUUUAUUGCUCUCCUACUUUUUCUCCUUUCUUGUUCUCAUCUUUUCUCUCAACUUUUUCUUGUUUCUCUUUCUUCCCCUUCUUACUCACUUUCAUUUACCCAUGUUUUUAUUCUCCUCCAUCCAUUUUCCUCCUAGUUAUUCUUUAUUUCAUUUUUCUUUUUUCCUCAUUUUCUUCUUGUCUUACUUGUUUUACAUUUUUUCCUUUCUACUCCUCUCUCUUGUCUACCCCCCUUCUUUCUUUCUUUCUUUCUUUCUUUCUUUCUUUCCUUUUGAUUGUUCUUAUUUAUAUUUUUCCUUUUGGUCUUUCUUUCCUUCCAUUAUUUUCCUCCUUUUUUGUCUUUCUCUGUUUUUUCUCUUGAUUUUUUCUUUAUUUAUUUCUGUUCUUAUUUCUUUUAUCUUUAAAUAUUUCAUUUUUUUCUUUCCUUCACUCUUUCUUUAUUAUCUUUUUAUUUGCUUCAUUUCCCUUCUAUUCCUCCAUUCCUUCUUUAUUUAUCUUUUCUUUUUUCUUUUCUCACCUACUCCUUUCACUACCUCCCAUCUUCUUCAUCCUUUGUCUUUGUUCUCUCCUCUUCUCCUAUUCUGUUGAUGACUAUUUUCCCUUCCUUCAUUAUUUCCUUUUCUUCUUCAUCUGUCUUUCUUUUCUUUGCUCUCUCUUCUCUCCCUCUUUCUCUAUUUGUCCCUUACGCUGUUAAACACUAAAUGUCAUGCCUGUAUGCCACCUCCAGAGCUCUUACUCAUAUAAAAUAACCUGUCACAGCCUUCCAUUUGUGGACCCAGUCCUUGUAGUACAUGUGAGAUUACAGUGGGAGGUUACAGCAGCAGCAGCAGUGGUAAAUAGCAACACAACGCAGGCACACCUGUCUCAUUUGUUGGCAAAAGGCUUUUUUCUCAAUUUAUCAAGUGCCAGUGCUCUAAAGGUCAGCCUUCAGAGGCGUUAUGCUUGAGAUAAAACAACGUGCCGCCUCCCCUCAUCUCCUCAUGGUAGUGUUGUUUUUCUAAAUUCUGUUGACCCUUAAAUGAGAUUCGUUAUCUUACUUGCCUCCAUGCAGCUCGACAACCCCCUCUUCAGGUUUAAAAACACCCAUCUCUGUGUGUGUGUGUGUGUGUGUGUGUGUGUGUGUGUGUGUGUGUGUGUGUGUGUGUGUGUGUGUGUGUGUGUGCAUGUACAGUACUGUGUAGUUUUGUGUGCGCAUUCACUUUGCAAUGCCCGUGGGUUUGACGGAUGAUGUGUGACAAGUGUGUGGAGUCAGCCCUUUGGUGGGGACCCGCUGGGGCUGGAAGAUGCCCUUGUCCUUUUAUAUUUAACAGCAGAUCUUUUUUAACUCCUCUGUGCUGCUUCCCCUCUAUGCUGCGGCUUACAACUGUACAACAACUGUAGCUGAGGGCUUAUGGUGAUCGAUCAGCAGUUUGACUUUGAAACUUGAUAAAACUACACUCUGUUCUGUCUCUUUACAUUGACACACACAGACCUCUGGGUAUUACUUGGAAAAGAUCUUUACUCCAAUUAUAGAGUCUAAUUACUUUUUGAUGGUGUUUUUCUGUAAUAGCUCAGUUUCACAAAAGUAGAGACCGCUGGAGAUCCAUACUUGAACAAGGUUUCAAAAGUGGUUAAGAAAAAGAAAACAAAGCUCACAGUGCAUUCAGUUACGUGCAUCAUGAAAUGCAUCAUUCAUAACUCUGAGCUUGUUCAAAAAUUUGAUUCACAUUCAGUGAAAAAAGUUUUGUUUGUUUAUUUUAUUUUUUUUAUUUACAAAUGACAUGAAACACAAAACUCUUGUUGAAGAUAAUGCAAAGACAAGUAAACUACUCAUGACUCUUACUUUGUAGUGACUGGCAACUUUGAAAUGCACCUAGCUCUGCUGUUGUUGCCUGGAUUGCAGGACAGGAUUUUGAUCCCCUUGUCUCCAUCAGAGGUGGGCCCCAGCAGCUUCACAAGCUUCCAUGUUUUCUUUUUUUCUUCUGGUAUUUCCUCAGAUUUUUGGGAAGAAAAACUAUUGAAGUAACUUGACUGAAAAAUCAAUGUAUCCUGCAGCAGUAUUUUCAAACUACACAUAGCUGACUCACACUUUAUAUUAGCUAAUGUAGAGGCUAAUGUUAAGCCAUGUACGGGUAUAAAUGCAAUUUCAGCUGAUGGCUGCUGAAGUUAGAAAAGUGACCAACGCCAGAAAACUUUGUGACUGUUUUUGUCUUUCCUAGUAAAUAAAUAAAUAAAACCUUAUGACUUGAUGUCAAUAGCAGGGCAGACGGAAAUGCCUCUUGCUCCGUCUCCCCUCUUCUCCUGUCUCUCCUGCUGGGGUUGCAGAGGUCAGCUAUGUCCUGUAUGUGCAGGUAGAAUUUUUCCAGAUGCAGCGCUCUUCUCGUUCACCUUCUCACACUGCUGUGUGUUUGCUGAUAGACCUGCGCUACCCUGCUGGCUGCUAGGGCCCCUUGGGGUUGGGGAGCGGAGCCAAGAAACUGUCUGACCACCCGGUGUAAACUAUGUGUUUACAGCAAGGCAAGGGUCACACUGAGCAUGCUCGGAUCAGUACGCCUCACCUGCUGCUGAAUAUAAAUGAUCUGAUGUUGGCGGUUAAAGGGAUGCCAAAUCCCACUGAAAAAAUAGACGCUUUCUUGGCAGUGUUACUGUGCCUUAUUGAGGAGAAAAGAAAUAUAUGCUUCCGCUGGCAGCUUGUUGAAAGAUUUCUGCUUAUCAUUCAGCAUAAAUCCGCCGUGAAUUUGUAAAUAUUUUAAAGGUUCAAGCUCAACCACACAGAGCAAAGUGAACAGAAUGAAAAGCUCUUGAACAUCUCUGCCCUCCGCUCUGUUUUCUCUGAGCUCAGCGCACACUGUGUGCUCAAACAUUUAUAGACAUUAUUAUGUGGUCAUGCAUUCAUGUAUGUUUACGCUGCCUUGUGCUGACGACACAGCUUCCUCCAGACAAGCCGCCUCUAAUGGUUUGCUUGAUCAGAACACGCUCAGAUUUGCCUGAACACAGGUGCUGCUGUGCAAGGAUUCAAAGAUAAUGUUAUGUUACACAUAGUGCUGCAUAUUUGUCAGCUCAAAGAACGCUUAGAGACGUCUAUUCCACUUUGUCCUGAUUAUUCUCUCCAUUUACCUCUGGUGUCUUUGUCACACUUUAUCUCCUCGCUCCUUUCUUUACUUUUCCUCUUCAUUUUGUCGUCCUCUCUCACAGGUCAGCAGUGGGGGGGAAAUCAUGCCAUGCUCUAAAUAACUUUAUUGACAUUUGAAUUGGUUGUGGAUCAUGGUAAUUAUCCAUCCUUCCUGCUUCCUGGCUGGCAUUCAGCAAGAGAAGAGCAUCCGUACAGCCACAUCUGAAGCCGGGGCCACAGGCUGAGAAAUCGCUCUCAGAUGCAAACUCACGCUUGUAUUCUCAAGCUGCUUUCACUUUCACAUUCACUUUUACAUAGGAAAGCAACAACACAAACCAUGCUUACCUCUCUGUAAGGUGUAUUGGGUGUAAAUGGAAGUGUAUGAAGUGAGGCGUGAAUAAAGCAGCUUACUGUUGCAGCUUCCCCUAUAGAGACAGAAAUGUAGCAGGACUGUGUGAAGUAUGCAUGAGGAUUUCUUUAAAGCUGAGUGAUCGUGAAUCAUUGCAGCAGAGUGUUUGCUCAUACUUAAUCUCCAAAAAUCCCCUGUAUGGUCAAGACGGACGUGAAACACUGGCUUUCCACAACUGCAGUGCCAGAAACUUUGGCUAUUUAAGCUAUGUCAUCCUUUAACACUGUGAAUGUGAUCGAUUCCCUAACAGCUUAAAACACAUCGUCCUGUCAGGUCUUAGCUUAUGCAAGAAUUUAGCUGAUCUGUUUUGAUUAUAUUGUAUUGUUGCUUUAAUACGCUGCAGUGCAUUAUUGCUUCAUUAUUUUAUUAUUACAUUAAUGCCGUACUACCUGAAUGUAAACAAACACAUUUGACAACAUAGUAUGGCACAGUUUGGUAGUUACUUCAUCUGUAUAUAGAGAUGUUGUUUGUAGGCUGUAUGCAAAAUGAAACCAUCACAGACUUGUUAACCUGCAAGGUGGCUGAUGGUGCGAGCUAUGCUAACAUUGCUCUUUUAUUCUUGUUUAGACACAGACUUGACUAGACGCUAAUCUUGUGUUAAAUUGAGUUUAAAAAGUUGUGUUCAGUUUUGACUGUUUUCUGAGCGUUUUAUAGUCACUUAAUCAGAUUCUAAAUCUCCUGAUUUGACUGGAAUUCAGGGCAUAAUCGGUUGCUUUGAAACACCCUUGAUCAUAUGAUCAGUCUAACUUUUUUUAAAAAAAUACUCUCAGUGUUUUUCAGAUAUUUCUUGUCACGAGUUUGGUAUAGAGAAAUACCAGUCUUGUAUAAGUCAGUUGGACAGGAAGCCUCAGCAAAAACAGUAUUUGGCUUAACACAGCUUGGCAAUAUGGGGAAAUAGCGAACUCAUCCUCAGACACAGUCUGACUUUAAGAAUCUCUGAGAGUAAAAAGGCUUAAACUGUUUUCCUGUGUGAAAAUUUCAAGAGCUGCACCUUUCACCUCUGCUGGUCAGCUUUUGUCUUGAACUGAAGUUUUUCCACACACGGUUUAUUUGCUCAGUAGUCCUAGUCUGCAUGUGCAUUGACACAACCACUUGAAAUUGAUGGGGGUAGACUUUUACAGUGAGUAAUAGUGGUGGUCACACUGGCAGUCAUGACAGUGCAUGUUUUUGAUUGGGCUUAAACUAGUUUACAGCACCAACUUCUAGGUAAACAAUAAUAAAAGAGGUACCCUUCUCUAUGUUUUUGCAGUGACAUACAGGUGGCCACUUACUUUUAGAUGAGAAACAAGUAAAUAAUGAAAGAGUGACAUAUACUCUAAAUUUUACAGUAACUACAAGAUCUGAGGGUUCAGUUUCCACACAGAGAAAUAAAUCACCCUUAAAAAAUGUUGGAAACUGCAUCAGUGUUUUACUUUGGCCUCAGGACAUGACAGAUUUGGACCUAAGGACACAUUUUAAAAUUAGAAGUAAAAAAAAUCGCCCUUUUUAAUCUUACUAUUGAGUUUUGUGCUGAUAAAUAAAGUAUCAUCAUUUUAAUGAGAGGGGUUUUUAAUGUACUUGGAUUCAGAUUUGUUACCUUUGGAGAGAACAAGGCUGUAUCCUGUUGCUGAGAUAAGCUAACCAGCUGUCUGUCUCAUAUGUAGCAUAUAGAAAUAAAACUUCUUUAAGGCAAAAAGGUGUUAAAAAUGCAUCUUUAGAAUGUUGAUCAUUUUUAUUUCAAACAGCAUUUUUAGUCCAAAGCUCUAGAGCACAUCAGCAUUGUUUAGUAAAUAGCUUGUCAAAUGUGUUUUUGAGCCUUUUAUGCCAGUUAGACAAACAAUUUCUUUGUGCCUUCGGCUUUAUUGUUUUGUUUCAAGCUUUAUAUAUCACAGUCUACAAAAACUUUUAAGAUUUAUUUGCCCAAGACUAACUCUCAUCCAGGGUCUGACUUAGCACAACUGUCCCCAUCGAUAAAACUGUUGUAGUCACCUCAUAUUGCAGGACUGAGUGAUAUUGUCCUGUUGGCUGAGCGUCACCCGCGUAAAUAGACACGGCUCCCUGCUUUCAAAGUCAGCCUCAUUUUUCCUUGAUGUAGAGCGAGAGCUGUGUCCCUGAAGCAAGGCUAUCUAGAAGAAGAGAGAGUGAUACAAUCAACGGACGGUGCUCGGGCCUUAACUGGCAGAGCCUCAAUGGCAGCACAGAGAAGAAGAAUGAGAGAGAGAGGAGAAGAGAGGGAGGAGACUGAGGCAGAGAAGACACAAUGGACGCUAUAUACCUUUUCGAUAAGGGGUUAUAUUCUGAUUUUCUGUUUACUUGGGCUUCACUUGGCCAUGUAUUUGCAUAUGGCUGCCAGUCAAAUGAUUUAUGGAGACGACGGAUGGAGAAAGUUGAGAGGAAGGCAGAAUGAGGGCAAUAAAAAGAAGAGAAAAGUGAAGAAUUUCUAAUGGAUGAGUGUGUUUCUGGAGUCCGUGUUGGGUUAGUUAAUGACUGGUGCAUAUGUCAGCCACGCAGCUGUGAAGCUACAAUCAGCCAGCCAGCUGAGGAACAGAGUGAGGGAGAGAGAGGGAGAGAGCGGAAAAGAGGGAGGCAGACAGAUAAAAAGUAUUAAGCCGUGGACGAGAAGAGACAAAAAAAGAAAACAGUUCUGUGUGAGGGAUAGCGAGGAGAAGCAGAGGAGGCGAGAUAGAGGAUUUUGAGCGAAAUAAACAGAGAGAGACGCAUCCAGAGGGAAUAGAGAGAAAAGGGGCGAAAAGAGAAGUUGCCAAGAUAGUUUCCAUUCUUCUCAUCCUCCCUCAACGAGCUGAAGCAGAAAUGACAGAGGCUGCAGUCCAAAUCAUUACACUCAGCUGCCUGCCUGGAAAGUAUUUACUGUUGUCGAUAAAUGAAAGCAAAGAGGAGAAAAAAAUUCAUUCAAAAAUGUAGGAAAGAUUGCAUUUUGAUGAUGGUCUGCUUGACUGUCCUUGUAUUUUUCAAACCCAUUAACAUAUUUUCUAUCACCAGCAUGUUUUCAGGGGAUCUUUUCACCUCCACUCUCUUUCACGUUUCGCCUUUUUACCCACGCCGUCCUGUCCGUCCUGCCCCGUCUUGGCCCAUGUUCCAUCAUCUCUGUGAUUUAAGCCUUUAAGAGCCUCUUUUCCCUCCACUAAGGGCUUAAAGGCAGAAUGUGUGUGCAAAGCAGUUUUUGGGGGGUAAAGGAUCAGAGCUGGACAGAAAUAGGUACAGGAGUGGCUGCUUCACGAAGAAGCAUCUGACCUUCAAUUGUCCUCGCUUCUCCACAAAACAGCUGCAGUGACUCUAUCCAGGGCCCUUUUUGUGAGGCAAGGACACUGGUUUAUUGGGUCGUAGUUAUUGCUUGCAAAGUUUGUUCGCUGUAUAAGGUACACAGGUGUAAAGUGGAAGGGUUUUAUCACCAACAGGGCCUCCUUUGGAGAGAGAUAUCUGUGGGAAUGUGAGGCUGUUCCGAAAGACAGCUGAAACCUGUGAGCAGGGAUUUUUCAUGUUCCUAAAUUUUACCUUGAGCAACAAAUCUGCUUUUCCCCCAAAAGCCGAUCAGAGUUAGAGUUUUGGCGUCCAUCAGAAAGGGCCGACCAGAUCUCCAUUCGACAAACAAAUAUUUUGAUUGUUGUUUUCUUCCCAACUUAAAAGCACCCUGAGGAGUUUUUAACUGGUUCAGAAACAGUCUGAAACUAAUACCGAUGCUUCUUUAUGACCGUCAAAAGCAAACAAGACCAUCAACAAGAAGUCUGAUAAUUUCCCUGUAGUAAUUUAAAUGCUUGAAAAUGCUCUGAAGAGGAAGGACCAGAUGGCUGACAGCAGGCUGAACAAAAGGCCUUUUUUGUCUUUUUUUAACAGCAAAUACUCACUCUGAGUGAUGAAAGGCAUUGUUGAAAGACAAAAGGAUGAGGUUUUUGCCUGAAAACAUAACUUGACAAAGGAUAAGAGGCAUUACUUUGUCCACAGGGGGGCACCAGAAACAACACAAAUCAAAAGUUUCUCACAGCAGCUUUAAUGACAUGUAUGACUGUCCUCCCCUUAGUUCUGGGAUCAGUAUCCUAAUCCAGAUAGUAGGAGCCUAUACGAGUAACUGCUAUUGAGUUUUGAGUAUCAGUAUUGGUACUGGUAUCAAUAUCCUGGUACCUGGUAUCUGGAAAAGCUUGAAUUCAAGUUUUUUCUUGCAUUCAUUUUUUCUGAAUUAUUCCCAAAUAUUUUAACAUAAAUUCAGGAUGUGGCAGUGGUCUGCAUAACUACAAUUACAUACAUCUACUAGUAUUUUGUGAAGAAAAGCUACAUAAUUUAAGGUUCUUGAAGUCAUUGUGGAUGCCUGGUAGCCUAUCUCAUCUAAUAUGUUGCGUGGUCAGGUUGACUCUAAGCCUUUUGCAUAUUGCUGACUUUCAGAACAUGAGCUUUGCAUGACAGUUAUACCUGAUCUCUAAGCAUUUCUCUUUGUGUCCUUGCAGGCAGACUCGGGAGCAAGAGACCCCACCCGACUUUUUCUAUUUCUCUGACUUUGAAAGACACAAUGCUGAGAUUGCUGCCUUCCAUCUGGACAGGUAAGAAAACAUUAGAUGGUCCCCGAGGACGAGUGUUGUGUUUGUGUGUCGUUCAGCACUAAGUAGGUCAGGCUUUUGAGUGCUCUGCUCCACGAGGAUGGUUGGACGAGGAUGCUAGCAAAUAAAAUUAAAUGAAGGUGACAGAUUUUUUGUGAUUAUGUUGUGAUUAGGAUUGUUAGAUUUUCACCCAAUUAUCAUUAAGGCCAAAAAAAAAUAAAAAAAAAUAACAAGAAUAAUAUUUUCAUUGUUUUUAAGGAAAACUUUGAAGACACUGAUUUAGGAAAGUUAAGACAAAGACAAAGGUGGAACAAGAUGUUAAUUCAUAAAACUUAACCAGUUAACACAAAUGACUCAUAUACAAGUCAUCGUCUAUUUUUAAUUGUGUUCAGAGUUAUUUUUUAUCCACAUCACUAAAAUACAAAAUAUCUCUAGGGAGGAGAUUGCCUCAUAAAACUAUUGAUGGUGCUUUUAUUUUGAAAUGAAGUCUUUGCCACUCCUGAUCCAUCGUAAGUUACAGAACUGAGUAAAGGAAUAACUAUAAAGUAUAAAUAUUCCAGGUAUUAGCAUCCUCUGAAGAGGCACAAGCUCUCACGAUGUUCUUCAAUUCACAGUAAGUCUUGCCAGACUAUCUUUUGUAGGGUUGCAGUGGCUAACUAGCAGCUGUUUAUGCUUUGAUUCAAUCUUCCCUCUGUUUUAUGGCAGGUGGCAACCAGCCUUAAAUAAAUAAAUAAAUAAAAAACACCACUGCUCCCUUCUACAAACCAACCAUUUAGGAGGUAUGACCACCAGUAUUUCAAGAUUUUUAAGAGACAGUUAUUAUCAGAAAUGAAACACUGAGACUGCCCUUUAACAAUACCCAGGAAUAUAUAACAGAUAAAUGUAAUGUAUUUUAUGUAUGAACAGGUAAAAUUCUUAAACAUUCAUAUUAAUGUAGGAAACUUACUUAUAUGUCAUUGAUCAUUUCUAAAGACGUUUGAAAUAAUGUUUGAUUUAUGUAAUUUAUAAUUAAAGCUCCUGUGAGGAACUUUUGGUUUGAGUCAUUUUUAGCGCCCCCUGUGGACAAAGCUGUCUUUGCUUACCAUGUCAGCUACAUGCAUGAGUAUUGAUUUAUGACAACAAAUCUAGUUCUACUGACUUUUGAAAGUCAAAUGUAUUAUUCAUUGUGAAUAUUUUAUGUGGAAAUUGUAAAAAGAAGCAUUUUCCUUGGGCUCCAGGCAUACUGGUUUUAGGCAAUAAAAAUAGGGUUAUAAAUAAUUUCAGUCUUGCCACUGCUGGUCUUGUUUGUCAUUAAAAGGCAUCAGGAUGAAUUUCAGUCCAUUUGUCCAAAAAACUCCUCAUUGGAGCUUUGAUAAAAACUCAUUUUCACCAAUAUGCAGAUGAUGUACCCCUACAGCUUAUACUUCAUUGCUUUUGCGGCUAUCAGACUCAGUGUGAGCAGGAAAAAGGGAAAACAGCACAGUAUAACUUAUGAUACUGCUUUUUUUGUCCAGAACAUUAUUUCUCUACCAGAGCUAGGUGCAAAAAUCAGCCAGAGGGGCAACAGUGGGGGGUUUGGUCCAGAAACAGCCGUACUGCAACAACAUUUUCAACUUAAUUAAGAUGAAAGUCAGUGUUCUUCAGUCUGCUCUUACUCCUUCAUGCCCAAGUACUUCUUUUUAUCUUUGAGAGCCAGCAUCCUGCAGGUUUUGUUCCUCCUUGAUCGCUCAUUUCCCACUCCUCGUGCCAGCUCAUUAACCAUCCAGGGGGAUCAAAAACCUGCCCAACACCAAGCCUGGGCCAAAAACCCUGCACACUGUGUUAAAACAAAGCUUUAAGAUAUGAUUGUAAAGUGCUGGGGGAUCCGUUUCUCUUCUUUUAAAGUACUCCAGUCUUUGUCCUCACUUAUUUUGUUCUCCUUUUCUUCACUAACUUCUGUCAGAAUUUCAUCUUUCCUCAAACACACUGAGUGGUGUGAGUCGGUUCGUACAGUGGAGGCUGUGAGCUCUAAGAGACCAUGAGUCAUAGAGAAUGAAUGCCGCCCUCCUGCAGCUAGCAUCUGACUGAACAAUGACUGCAGCCUCCUUGCUUAGCUAACCACCACACUCUGUUACUUCCCUGCCUUUACAAGGUUAACACUUUACAGCCAGCCGGCCUGCUGGAGACACUGCAUAAUGGAAAGAGAAAACCUUGAUGGGCAAAGGAGGGCGAUGAGUUUCAGCGCUGUUAUUAAAGUCCAGCUGAUGUCACUCUGGCUAUAUGUUAACAUGAGAGGAGGGAUUGUGUUGUUGUGUGAAAACUGGUGAUGAUACUGAGGUCACACACACACACACGGAUACAAAGGGGCCACAGAGGAGGGCAGAGAUGUUGAAUCUGCUUUCCCUUCAGGCACAAUGACACAGUUCAGCAGCACUUGCAUUAGCAGCAGCUCUCCUCACCAGUCUGCUACACAUCUGGUCCUCUGUACACACAUACACACACACAUAAAAGCAUGUUCGCACACACUCCCGGCAUAUGUGUGGGUUAAGGGGGAAGAGGAGGAAACCAAAGGCAUGAAAGGCCCUGUGCCCAUUCUAAAUAUAAGCCAGGCAGGGUUUGCCAAAAGCAGCGCUUUAUUUUUUUUCCCUUAUUUUGUCUGUUCUAAAUUAGAGCCUGGAUACAGUGUGUUGUGUUACUGCUGCUCCUAGAGCUGGUGGUGGUGGUGCUGCUGCUGCAGAGGCUUAGGCUGCACUGCCUCCCAGGGGGCCCACAGACACACACAGCCUCUUAAAAAGCAGCGUUCACACACACUCACAUAGAGCCACUGCCUAUUCUUAUAUAGGCUACACUGCUUUAAGCAUCAUUAAUUAUGUGAUUGGAUUUAAAUGGGAUGUGCUCUCUGUAAUGCAGCAUUAGAUGGGUGAGGGAGAGCAGAUAGGGAGACAUUCAAGGACAAAUAUGGUAUUCAACAUUAAACCAUAUAACUUUUAUGACACCUGCUGGCUUUUUUAUAGUUUUACUAUGUGGAAUUUAAGUUUCCACAGUUGUUUAUGCAGGAAUCCUAGAGGGCCUCCUUGAAAAUAAAGCAAGAUAAAAAUGUCAGACGUGGGAUUGAGGUUUAACAGAGGAAGAAAGAUGAAUAAUGAAAGGAGUGAAGUCAGUCCCAGGGGUGUGUCCAGUAUUGUCAAACUGGGGUGGCCCAACCACAGGAGGACUGAAUUAUACAGGGGUGGUGUAAAGUGGUAUGAGCUCACUUUUAUAUCGGAAGAGCACCCAGUUACUACCUCUGUCUCCACAGCUCAAAUCUCCUCUAAGGACUUAGGUUCAAAUAGAUGUAAUGUUCCUUUGUUUUACAACAGAGGAGGUCUGUGUUACAUUAUCAAUUUCUUAAGGGCCCAUAAAUAGAUGAUUAAAAAAGCUCAUAAAAGUUGUGUCAAUGGCUGCUUAGUGUCUGCUGCACCAGUCGCUAUGAAAACAAGUCCUACCCUUGACCAGGCAGAAAGCUGACAAUAGUACUGGAGUAGCCCUCAUACCUGUCAAAUUUUGGCUUAUGAAAAAAGGUACGUUUCCCUAAGCCCUCCCAGGGGCUGCAGGAGUAAUUCAUUGUACUAGCUACUGCUAGAACUACUAAUACUAGUUAGUGUGUGCUCAGUGACAUAGACAUAGAGUUUGGAGAGGUGGAGGUUCUAAUACAUAUAUAUUAUAAUACAGGAGAAUAUUGAUACGGGAAGGGAAAGAGGGGUAAAAUACAGUAGUUGCCUAGCCAAAACAGGAUACUUGACAGCUAUGGUGGCCCCUUCAAUCUGAAGAUGAGAAAACACUCAAAAUUCAGCAGUUUCCACAUUUGUGGUGGUUGUGCAUUACUUUGAUGGAGUAUUUAUAUGUCACUUUACCUUGAUACAGCCUAUGUACAUCUUUAUCUUCUUUCUUCAAUUAAAAUAUUGUAAAAUACUAGUGUUGGAAGGCUGUAAUUAUUAUUUUUCCCCUGCAUUUGGGGCCUAAAGUAUUCAAAAAUAUUGAUAAUUUGCCUGGUAAUUCUGGUGCUAGAGAAAUAAUGAUAAUUUUAGACAGCAUUUGUGUAAAACAACACUAGUAAAUACGUGUCCCAAAUACCUGCAAACUUCCUGCAGGCUAGGUUGACCACUCAGAUUGGAAAGGACCUGGGACAUUUCACCCCAGUCGCCUUACCAAACACACUCCUGCACAGCUCAGGCAACUGCCUCCAGCACAGCCUCAUGCUCCCUCCCAGCAGGCCACCAUUCCUGCUUCUUGCUUUAUCCCGUGUGAGAAGGAGGAGACAUGAAUGUGUGAUUCUAGCUCACCCAGCUCGCCUUUGUGUAGCUUGAUGGCAUCAUUUGUGCGGCACACUCUCAGCUCUCUUUUUUCCCCCUUUCUCCGCCAGGUGUUCUCCUGUUCCCCUACCUCUCCUCUCCUCUCUCUUUCUGUCUCUCGUCCUGUGCCUCUCUGCCCUCAGGCCUCGGCCAUUAGGUGCUGUCAAGGGUAUCAAUUUUUAAAGAGCCCAUGCUGAGCCUUUGGCUGGGUGAACACAGGAAGUAGACUACACAUGCAUAAAAUCGGCAUGUGGCACGCACACAUGAAGAGAGACACGCCAUCUAUUAACACAGACAGCUUUAUUAAAAGCCCUUUCUCUCCAUCUGACUCAUACACAUUGAUGCUCAUUUCCCGCCAAAUGAUGCAGAGAUCAUGCUGGUCUCAGAGGGAUGGAAAUGUUGACAGACUAUAAAAUCUGGAACAUAUAAAUUCAGAUGGACGUGUGAGUUAAAAUGUGUUUAAUGUGGAGUGAUAAGAACAUGAAAACCACAGGGACAUUCACCUCCAUGAGGUACAAAAGCUCGGUGAAUACUGGUGUCACAGUGCCCUCUAUUGGCAGGGAAUCAAACUUACAUUGAUGCAAAUGCAAUGGUGUGUGCCCCAGUGGCCUAAUGGAUAAGGCACUGGCCUCCUAAGCCAGGGAUUGUGGGUUCGAGUCCCAUCUGGGGUGGCUCCCAUUUUCCCCCUCGAUGAACACAUAUGAAUCAAAGCUGUUUGCCGUAGAGAGCGUCUCUGGACUGCCUGAGUGAAUAUGUGCAGCCUCGUGGGCGGUUUUGUCAUGUGGUGAUUCAAAAGAACUAGUAACCUCACACUUAAAUGGAUCCUUUAAAUCAGUUUUUCAUACCCACUAACCCGUGACUGAGAUUGCCAUACUUGAAGACUGACUUUGUGAAAUAAAUCCCAUAUCCACAAUGGGCAUUAUAUAUCCACCACCCUAUCACUCUUUAUUCCUGUUUUUCUCAAAGUCUUAACACUUAAGCCCCUGUUUUCUUUGUUUUGGGCCAAUUGGCAUCAAUAAAGGUGUACAACCUCUGUUACUCAAGAUUCAAGAUGCCUUCAUUGUGAGUUGAACUCCAGACUUAGAGACUCAGACUUAGACUUACUUUUUCGUCAUUCAGUAUGCAGCAUGUGUAAACAGGAUGAAGUUUUAUUUCCAUAGGCCUCAGUUUACAGACUCAAGUACAGUGCCGAUAUAUAUGUGCAAAACAUGUACAUAUAUAUAUAUAAGGUGCAGAAGGGUGUAAUAGACUAAAGGCAAGUGAUUGUAACAAUGUGCAAGAAUUGCAGGGGUGAUAUGAAUGUAUAUAAGUACUAAAUAUGUAAAUAUGUAAAGCAGGAGGCACAUAGUAGAAUAAAAUCCUGUUGAUUUUGGUCCAAAGUGCAAACAAAAAAUAAAUAAUAAUAAUAUAAACAUGUGUGCAUAUGAAUAAACAUUUGUUAAAAAAGGGAUGUUUUGGUGUAUGAAAACUAAAGGUCCUGUGAGAAGUUCUUACCCGCUGAGGAAUAGACGGCUAUUAGACUUCUAGUUUUUUGUCAACCGUCUAGAUUCUGUUCAUUCAUUCAGACGGUGCACUUUAACCCAUUAUUCGAUAACUAUUUAUUCCAAAAAGCAACUGUGAGUUGCGUUACUGAUCUCCAAGUACUCAACCAAACUAAUUAUGAUAGCUGUUGAGCAAUAUACGGUGUAGUAUAGAUAUAGCCCAGAUAAAGACUUGGUCAAAACUUGGUCUAAAUUCAGACGUCUACAAACUUUCAUUUUUAGACCUGUGGUGGCCUGAUUUCAGACCAGUCAUCUAGGCUACAUUUAGACAUCUAUUAGACCUCUUUUUGACCAAAAUAUGCUCAGUGGGUAGCUGAUGGAGAGACUUUCAUUGUUUCUGAAUAGGAGUGAGUCUAGACUUUUUGUUUUUGGCUAGGGUGGCUUAGCCAGUCAAAUUUCAGGGGGGCCCACUGACACUAUUCUGGACAUAUCACUGUUGCUGACACCUCUUUAUUGGCUACAAAAGCAAACAAAACCAUCAUCAACUUCACUUAUAAUUCCUCUUAAGUGAUUUUUAAAGCCUGGUGCUGCUGCAGAGGGGAGGUGUCAGAUAGUGUUGAAGAACAGAAAUUGAAGUUUUUUGUAUAUUUAUCAUGAUACACAGUGAAUGAUGUGUCUGACUCUUAAAAAACGUAUCGGCAGACUUCUGUUUUUUACCUGGAUUCUUCUUGUUGUCCUUUACCCGGCCUUUUUCUGCCCUUUGCAUCACCCCUUCACACUUCUCUCAGGAAUUGAGCAUAAACAGAUUGAAAACUUUUGCUGUAUUGUGAAAUGUGAGUGUAACUCUCCUGUUUGUGUCUCUGUCCCGCAGGAUUCUGGACUUUCGUCGUGUUCCUCCUGUAGCCGGGAGGCUUGUCAACAUGACCAAAGAGAUCCGAGAUGUCACACGAGACAAAAAGCUCUGGAGGACUUUUUUCAUUUCACCAGGUACAAACUGAAAAAGAGCAGAGAUAUUGCUUUUUAGAAACACAUCUAAAAAAAGAAAAAAAAAGGGAAGCUUUUACAAACACACCAUGAGAUUGACUUUGCUACGACCACAGAAUUUAUAAAAAGCUUCAUGAUUCUCCUCUACUUUUCAGUUCCAAAAAUAAACCCAAAAACUGUGGCCAACACAUUGUUUAACCUCCAAGUUGUGACGUUAUGAAGAAAUACAUGACAUUAGCAUAGUUUUCUGCUAUUCUCACCUUUACAAAAGCGGUGCAAAAUGGAAGUUUCUGCCUCCAUAAUGUAAUGCAAAGCUAGUUCUGUGCCUUGAAUUACUGUGGGAUUAAUUUGCAUGGGAUUAGUAUUAUCAUGGGACUUUAGCUCGUGCAAAAGAAUGACAGUUAAUUAGCGAUGCAACCUUUACAUUUUAUAGGAUUCAAAUUACUGACAGCCUCAGCAAUUAAUACAAGUCAGUGAAUGUCUCCAGGUAGUUUUAAUCUCUGGAAAAUUGGGUCUGAAAUAUAUGAGGUUUGCAUUUCAAAAGGGCAGAAAAAGGAGGUGAGGUAUGUUCAAAACUCUUUUACUCUGAGUGGCUCAUAGAGAGUAUUUCUCCUUUUCAAUUCUCAGCCAAUAAUGUGUGCUUCUACGGAGAGUGCUCCUACUACUGCUCCACUGAGCACGCUCUGUGUGGCAAACCGGACCAGAUCGAAGGAUCCCUGGCUGCCUUCCUACCAGACCUGGCCCUUGCUAAACGCAAGACUUGGAGGAACCCGUGGAGACGCUCUUACCACAAACGCAAGAAGGCAGAGUAAGAAAUCGAUUCCUGCUGCUGCUUACAUUCACUGACUGAAGCAGACACUGAAGGACUCACUGUAGAGUCUGCAGGUUCAGAUGUCAGAGGGUAUUUAUUUAACUACCAUUGUGACCAGCAAUAAGUCAUGAGCUCUUGUUGUCAUCUCCUCUUGAAAAGCUGGAUUAAACAUGUUAGAUUACCUUUUUGCAAAGCCAGCAGAUAAGUUUAAAAUAAGCACAAUGUCUAUGUAUAACUUUACAGAUGGGAGGUAGACCCGGACUACUGUGAGGAGGUCAAACAGACGCCACCCUAUGACAGCGGGACGCGACUGCUAGACAUCAUGGACAUGACCAUCUUUGAUUUCCUCAUGGGUGAGUGAGAUACACUGAUUUUGUCUGAAUGUCUUAAAUUACUUAGAGAAGGUAACUACAGCUGUAAACAAGUAAUUCUGAGCUGAAGACUGUGGUAUACAUGUACACAUAGAGGAAAAAUGUUUUGGGGAAAUUUGCUGAUAAAAGUGACGGGUUAUCUCAACUUAAAAUAAAAAGUGAACCUGUUGCGUGGAUCAUUUAGUGUUAUGACCACUAUUGUGGUUUAGUAGUGCCAACAUAAAGAUACCAGUUCAGGGUACAAAGUUUACAGGUCCCUCCAACCAAUGCCAAGUUCUCAUAGCAAAAAUAGUUGCAUACUGUAAAAGUCAUAUUUUAAAAGCUAAGAAUAAGAAUAUGCUUCCUGAGGUACCAAAAAACUUUAAAUUCACAGGCAGGUGAGUUGAAUAUGAAAAAGUGAGGAGCGACUGGCUUGACCACAGUUAAUUUUGGCUAAACACCGCAGAUCACAGUAAAAAUAGAUCAGCCUCUUAGAAAUAUGUGUAAACCUGUGUACAUUUUUUUAAAUGAAGCCAAUAAAUUCCGAUGUGAAACGUUUUCUGGGAGCACAUGUUUAUCAAAGAUGCACCUUACACACAAGGGGACCAAUAAAUCAAAUCUCAAUCUCAAUCUCGACCUUACACAGCUUACACAGCUGCAUUAUUGUGAUGGGGAAUUUGCUCUGAUUCACAAAAAAUACUACAACCCCUUAAAGUACGAGCACAAAAUCCUCACAUUAAUGGCAAAAUCAUCUAUAAUUACCACCUACAGACACAGAUAUAUCAAGAGAAGUUUGUCUUAAACCCACACCAGACUAAUUCUGGCUUAAGCUGAACGUCUGAGGCUUCUUUGCUUUUUUAAGUGGUCUAAAUGAGAGCUUUUAUUGGGAUGUCUUAUUAAUUCGGAGCAGAGCAGAGUAAUCUUUUUAUAUUCUUUAUUAGAAAGAAUCUGUCCUUGUAAUUCUUUGAUGAUUAUCUCCUUUAACAGAGCAGGUUCUUAUUUUUCAUACUUGUCCCAUUAAUGCGAGAUAAUCAUCCCUAAAAUUCAGAAAACAUUUUUUCCUCUGAUGAUCGUGAGACACUUUCAAGCACAUAUAAGCUUUAUUUUUUCCUUUUGCCACUGUCACUCAGCUUAAAUGUUUACUUGUGCUCAUAUGCAGGAAACAUGGAUCGGCACCAUUAUGAGACGUUUGAAAAGUUUGGAAAUGAGACUUUCAUCAUCCAUCUGGACAAUGGACGAGGGUGAGCCACAGAGCUGCAAUUAAAGAAGCUAAAACGCAAAUAAAAACUGUAGAAAUAUACUUUGAAUGCAGUCAUCACUCUUAUUACAAACUUGUCUGAAACUUACAGCCGACCAUCUAAAACUACAUCAGCAUGUUUAAACUCCAGUUAUCAUCUUUAAUGUGAUCCUUUUUUUGUUCCCCUCAGCUUCGGAAAGCACUCCCACGACGAGGUGUCCAUUCUGGUGCCGCUGACUCAGUGCUGCAGGUAAAGACCUAUGUGCUGUAUUUUCAUGUAGCUUGUAAAAAGGUAAGGAUGGCUUCAUUUAUCCUUUCUGUCCUGCUGAGAAAAUUGUAGUUAUUGGUCGGGUUCACAUUAUUAGUGCUGCAGAGCAUAUGGGUAGAACUGAUUCUCCUGUGGUUGCUCUUUCUGCAGGGUAAGGAAGUCAACUCACUUGCGUUUACAACUGCUGGCUAAGGAAGAAUACAAGCUGUCCACGCUCAUGGCAGAGUCCCUGGUGAGGGACCGCCUCAGUCCCAUCCUUAUCCAGCCACACCUGGACGCUAUGGACCGUCGGCUGCGCCAGGUAUGCAGAUUUUUUGCCUACAGACAGAGCCAAACUCCCCUCUCUCCUUCAAGUCAAAGUUAAGCUAAGCGUCUGCUGGCUAAGCUUCUACUUAGCACCCAAUAAAGAGAAUGGCAUCAGUUUCCUCAAAAUGCUGAAGGCCUGAUUCAUAAGUAGAUUGUGCAGCUUUUGUGCUCAUUAAAUCUGUGCAGAUGAGACAAAACCAAUUUGUCUUUAUUCACAGUUCUUAAUAAACUGCACCACAGAGCAAACUGUGUGCUGUUUGCACACAUUCAGAUGAGCCAAUGAGUACAUUAAUGUGAAGCAAAAGAUGCCCAUGCUCAUUUGCAUAUGUUUAUGCAAAUGAGCUUUAUUGCAAAUAACACCUAAUUCACCUAAUUUACACCUAGGUCACUGACAGUGGCACUAGCAAUCCUGCACAGUUAGAGUUAAAUAUUUAGGGCCUGCUGAAAGUUGGCAAUAUCUUUUCCAGAGUAUUAAAUGGUUGAGGAAACAGUUCCACUUUUAGCCCAAAAGUAAUAAAUCUGCACAUUAAGUCUGUCAUUACAACUCCACCAUUACUGUUUUUAAGACAAUCAGGGGUAGAAUCAGCCAGAUUGUCUGUGGCUCAACCGCCACACUUGAAGGGACGUUCAAGGGCUGCGUCAUGACACACUGUAGUUUUAUUUCUUUUGACAAGCUAUUUUUGGCUCGCUCUCUCAAGCCCAUUUGUCAUAAUUCAGCUCUACAAUGAGUAGAUUUGGAGUGUCCCUCUUCUUCCAUCUGAUCAUGUAUGUGGAUAGAAUUUAUAUCCAUCAGCAUGAGAGCCCAUAGUGCAGCGCUGCGCAGCAGAAAACUAGAGCAAACCACACAGAGCAGCAGAUCUUAGAGGGCAUUUUUGCCCUUGAUUAUCAUCAGAGCCAUCAGAAAUGGAGCAGAGAGUGGGUGCAAAUGACGCAUAAUUUCUUGGUGUUAAUUGCAGUUUCAAUCUAUUCUGCGUGAAUCAGGCCCUGAGUGUUUUCUCAGGUAUUUUGACCUAUUUCACAGGGGCGUGUCCAGAGUGUGUCUAAAGGUGGCAUGGGUCCUCUUAGAAUCUAUUAACCACCCUGUUUUUUCACUACUGAGACUGCAUAGCUGCCAGCUAAGAGGCAGGACUUAAAUUUGAAUUAACUUAUAAGUUCAUGUUGCUGUGGGCUGUAAGGAGAUUUCUUUUGCUUUUUUAAAGUACUUUUUUACUUUUGUUCCUUCUUUAUGUGUUUUUUAAAGAUACUUUAAGGAGUUUUUGGUUGGUAAUUAAAAACAGACUGAAGUUCACUAUGAUGCCACUAGAUGGCCAACAAAAAAAAAACGAGAUCAGCCUGUAGUAGAUGCCUAUGGAGUAGGUGUCAAAUGAGCUUGCUGAAUGAAAGCUAUUUUUGAAUGUAAUCUAUAUCAAAUAUUGAAAGAAGUAUAUUUGAAUAUGAAAGGAUUUGGGAUGAUUUUUAAUUUUCCUAAAAUAUAACAGACCAUGGACACCUGUCCACUCAGGAAAAAAUUUAAAAAAGGUUCAGAUUUAGGGGCACCAAAAUCAACACACACCAAAGUAGAUAUGAUCAAAGAAUACAGACAUAGUAAAGAAGUAAAUUACCAGAACCACAAAUGUGUUUGUAUGCUGUACUUUAUACUUUGGACCACCCCUGCAUAAUUCAGUAUCAGUUUAUGGCCACCCCAGUCAAACAAACUGAGCAUGCCCCUUCUAUUUUAUCUGAUCAUUUGUACAAGGACCAACAGCUGUUUCCAAGUAUUCGUACAGUAUUCACAGUAUUAACACUUCAAACUCUUGUUCUGCUGUAUUUCUUUGUUUUUAGGUGCUGAAUGUUCUGUCAGAGUGCAUUGAAAAAGAGGGGUACAGUUAUGUCGUAGAGGAUGACCUUCAGGGACCCCAGGGGACAGACCACGCCCACAGCAGCCCACGACAUAGGUAGCUGUCUUGGGGUGCUGGCAGCUUGACAAGACUGGUGUCUGGAGACAGAAGACUGGACUGAGCAGCUUCAGUCUUUCUCUUUAAACUGACCUGGCAUCCUGUAGGACAGAUGAGCUUCAUCUGCGCGAUAUUUCUCAGAGGGCUCUUUGAUUAUUUUUGCUGGACUUACAGAGAAGUUGCCGCCUGACAUGAAUUCAAGCUGUGUGGGAGUGGACUACUGCUACUGCUGGAUUGAACAGUUUGGAUCUGGGGCCGGGUCACAAAAGAGACUGAUUCCCUGCUCUGCACAUCACCCAGACUCCUUAAAAUAUCCAGCCCCUGACUGUAGUGUAGGAUAAAAACACCCACGACCCACCACAGCACCACCAAACCAUGAAAGUCUUGCAAGAGACGCCUUCUCUCUGUCUCGUUCAGGACCCUUUUUUUGAAUUCAGUGAAUUCUGGGGGACUUGUAAAGAACUUCUCUCCCCUCCCCUAUCUCCUCUCUCCCCCUUCCUCUUCACAAGCUGAAUUAUGUGUUUCUACGUAUUGUUGGUAUUGCAAGUGUUUGGAGGAGAACGCAGAGGUUCCUGUUGUCUUAAUGAUCAAAAAGAUGAUUUAUUGAUUUGCUUAAAAUGUUUUAUUGCAGCGUGUCUUUUUUAAUAUUUUAUUUCUGCAGAGCUGAUUCUAAUGUUGGUUUUAAAGAUGGAGAUAUUUGACUGGAGUGCAGGUUUACUCCUGGAUUUGUCCUUUAAUCUUUGCCCUUAAAUGUUACUUGUACUUGAGAGAGUAUUUAUUAAAAUUCAUAUUUAUUUGUUUUGAAUAAAUUCUAACUAGUAACAUCACAUUUUCUGUUAGAAUGGACCAUUUAACUUACACAGAGUGGUGCACUUCUUUAUUUGUCCACAAGAGGGCAAACUGAGCAUGUGCAAAAGCAUCUGCCAGUAAAUUUAGUCCCAAAUCAGGUUCAGAACAUGGCUUUAAAAGAGGUUUUGUAGCCGCAAAAUGAAUUCAAAUGACUCUCCACUUGUGUUUACAAAGUAAAAUCCAGUUCUUGUUUUUAACAAUGCAACAGAUUUAAGGUACCAAAAGCCAAAUGUGACACUAAUAGUUUUGUAUUUCUGUUUUGUUGUAAUAUAUUUGAUGUCCAGAUGUUGCUGUCGUGGAGAGAUUAUUUUUUAGGAUGUAUAUUUCAUUCGAAACCAACAGCUGAUAGCUGAUCUGUUGGUGUCUGGCUGAAAAUUAAUAUAUUCAUUAGGAAAAUCUAGUGCCUGUGCAAUGAUAGAAAUACUUGAAUGUCUGGUUUCAUAGCAGAAAGGGUUCAACUCCUCCUGGGUACGAGCUAUAGCUAAGAUAAAGAGGUCUUCAUAUAUGUGUGUGCUGAUGCCAUCUGUUCCAUAAGCAUUUUGUUACACAGAGUUUCCAUUGUCCUGUCAGCUCAGUGCGAUGUGUUGAGGUGUGUGUGUGUGUGGAUCCACGGGGAACCUUUAGAGGGUGUGUUGUUAAAGUGAAAAUGCUUCUUUUUUUAUUCAACUCAUGGUUUCUGUGGAUUUUUUUCACUUCUUUGCAUCAUGGUAAAAGUGCAAUAAAACAAAAUGAGCAGAAAUGUAG